AUGCGCAGUAGCGUCGGCCGCCGCCGGCGACCCGUUGCCGCCGCCGCCGCCUCCAGAGCGAGCCCGCCCUGCCUAGCCCGGUACAUCCGGGUCACUGCGCGGAGUGGGCGGGGGGGCCGCGCGCACGCGCGUGACGCACGCCCGGCGGCGGUUGUCGUCUCCUCAGCCGCCUCCUCAGCCUGGUCCCUGCGGGCGCUGCCGCUGCUGCCGCCGCCCCACAUCGGUCCCUCCCCUCAGCUUCGGGAGAGGGGGGCAGUGCGGUGAGUAUUAUCCGUUAAACGUGGGAAGGCGGGAGGAAAGUGGGGGGAAAACCCUUCCCUCACAACCGCCCCCCCCCCCGCCGCGCGCGCAACCAACCGCCACCCCCCUCAGUGUGUGAGCUGCGCUCGCUCCUGAUUGGCUCGCUUCUGAGGGAACGCUGCGUCCCGCCCCCUCGGCACAUGGGCUGGCCCCGCCCACCUUCCCUCCCUGCGCCGAUCGCGCGCCUCUUCCUCUGUCUCCAUGGAAACCGCCUCCUCGCCCCUCUCCCGCCCUCUCGCUUUCCACGUGGGUCUGUUUCGGAUUUUUUUCCCCCGCCUCGUGGCUCCGCUCCUCUUCCUUUUCCUCCCCCCCCCCCCACCGACUUCCAAUCCCUGAUUUUCUCCUACGCGCUUUCUGCGUUACUACAUCCCUUGGCGGGCGGGGGGGCAUUUCUCAAGCGUACUUGUUCACAGGUUUCCCUUCUAAUGGAGGAUACUGGAAUAAGUUAGUAGAACCUCUGCAGAAGGAAGAGAGUCUUGGAAGCCCAGCCUUCUCCCCCGAUGGCUUUUUAAAAAUGAUGGUUCACUGGGUUUGUGUCAGAGGAUCUGAAAGAUAAAGGAGGCAAGUGCAUAACUGGAAUGUGACAUCCAGUGCUCUUCUAAAAUGUGUGGGGUUUUUUUUUUUUUGGGGGGUGUUAUUGGGUUGUUUUCGUUUUCGUUUUGAUUAAGUAUUUAGUGUUUCUAUAUUGUGAUUUUCUCCUGUGAACCGCCCUGAGACCUGCCGGUAUUGGGCGGUAUACAAAUCUAUAAUAAUAAUAAUACUGUAAUGAUAAUAACAACCUGCCCAUUCCCUAACUUUUGACAGCAGAAUCCUUCCUCCUAGUCCUCUUAUCUUGAUUUAGCAUAACUGCAUAGAUCCCCCCCCACAGUCUCAUUUUCCUAAGGUCCUUAUACUUAUUAUUCCUCCUCCUCCAUAUCAUUUCUGUUCCUAUCCUCAUGUUCCUAUUUUCCUGUUCCUAUUAGGAUGUAACCCCCUAUCAGUUUACUAGCAAAUAAGUCCCAUUGAAUGAAUUGGAGACUACUUCAAAGUAGACCUGCUUUGACUGCAUGCUCCCUCCCUCCAGGUAGAUCUGAUCCCAUUUGCUCUCUGCAUUCUCCCUAUUUUCCAAUGCAAAACAAUUUCUUACCUCCCUCUAAAACCCCACACACUCCUUUGCAUAGAUUAAGGUGACAGUAUGUACUUUUCCCUCCCAAAAUUCAAGUUGUUUCUCCUUCUUUCCCUGUCUCUUGUAGUUGUGUGGCCUGUCUGUAUUUCAUUUGAUUCCCUUCCCUUCCUCCUAUAUCUGUAGGUGGAUCUGACUUUCAACCCCUCUCCUCCUUGUACCCUGCCACACCUGUCAUGAAGAUAAAUAAGGCAGAAACGAUAAAGCAUUUUGCAUACUGGAAUGUGUUGUUAGAAAUCAAUGGUCCCAAUACAUCUGUCUUCACCCCAGUACUUUAACCCCAGUUUAAUGCCAGCAGUUGGCUGUUCAGUGUUGUUAAGAAUCUAGGACUCUGAAAUGCCUCACCUUGUGCCCUCUAUUAAUUGCCACAUGAUUUUAUGACUACUAGCUUAGAAGGCUAUUAAAGAAGAAGAUUAGAUAGCUUUACCAGUAGCUAUUAGGGGUUGUAUAAUUCUGUCAGAGGAUGAGUGCAAACAGGGAGCGGCUCUUUCCACAUCCUUGGGAGAGGCAGCUGGCUGGUAUUAUUGAGAGUGGUAGACUUGGUAGACUUCUUGUCUGAUCCAGAAAGGAUAUUCCUAUGCUCUUACAUAGGCACUACUUGUAUAAUAAAAGUAAUGCACUAAUUAUAUUGUAAAGAGAGCUCAGAAAAACCUGGGUGCACAGCUUGAGCACAUAGAAGUAUCUAAAAAUUGAAUGCCAGUAAUAUUGAUCCCCCCCAUGUAGUUGUUGCUUAGUUGUUUAGUCGUGUCCAAGUCUCUGUGACCCCAUGGACCAGAGCACACCAGGCACUCCUGUCUUCCACUGCCUCCCGCAGUUUGGACAAACUCAUGUUAGUAGCCCCCAUGUAGUACAAGCAUCUAACUUUGUACUGUAUUACCAUUUUAAAUGAUGCCUUUAAAAUAGAAAUUCAAGUUGUCACUUACAUCUAGACUUCUGUAAUGCUUUCUGGGUCUGCUUGUUAUCUCUGUUAAGCUUUUCUGUUGUUUUGUCUAGAGAGGCCUUUCUUGAAACUUAACUUUUUCCCAUCCACUUAGGAUUCUGUGUCUCCUACCUGUGGCUUCUGAUUUCAUUCUCAUCUUUUGGUGCCUACUUCCCACAAACAGAAUUGAGUAAAUGCAUUGCUUUCUUCCCAUAUGAACUACUUCAGUUUUCUAAAUACUUUUUGCUCUUUCUGCGUUCAACCUCUUGUGGCCACUCUGAAGAAAUAUUUCACAAAAAAGAAUAAAUAUAUGGUCCAGAUUUCCUUUUACCAACAGUGAAGAGCUAAUACGAAUUCAUUACUUCUGUACUGUUUUGAAAGAAGCUAAUAAGAUAUGUGGAGCCACAGGACAGAGAGGAUCUGAAAGUCACACAACUCAGCCUGCCCUUGAAAGGGUUUCCCAUAUCUUAGUCCCAUGGCAGAUUAACGUUCAUCAUUUGCAAGGAAGGGUGGGUUCCAGGUGUCAAAAUAGAUGGCCUGAAAGAAGUAGAAUACCCCACCCCCAAUAUCUAUACUGAUAUACAAAGGUAAUAUUUAUUCAGCGCAGUCAGACAAAUGGCACUUUUCAAACCUGAUUCCUUCUUCUUAACUUCAUGAAGCUGGUGAGACCUGGGCAGAGGGCCUUCUUCAAUUGCAAAACUCUGCAUAUGGUUUCAACGUAUUAUCUGAUUGGUUUUAAUUGUGGUGUAUUCUGUCUUACCAAUUUUUAAUGUUCUAAGGAGUUGUGAAUACUGUAGGUGGCAUACAGAGAGUAUUAAAAAGUUGCUCUUAGCACAAAAACACAACUUUGUAACAGUAAGCCUUCCUAGGAGUGGUUUUUCUAUGUCCUGACUAGUGCAGCAGCUCUACAGACCACCUGAUCAGACAGUCCAUAGUGCUUUGGGGAAAGUAUUUAUUUCACCUAUUGCUUUUUGAUGUGUACCAGAGGUAGCUGUUAAUUUUGUGUUCUGUAUCUGAUCUCUGUCCAGAGAGCAGGAGAGGAUAAAGUGAGGCAAAGGGUGGUGAACUGGUAGGAGGGAGACUUUGCAGACAUAGUAAGAAUAGUUAUUUGAAGGUAGAAAAGCCAGUGUGUUGCCAGAUGCAGGAGGAGAACAUAGCACAAAGGCAGGUGUGAGAGGAUAGGACACAGUAUGGGGGCUAAUUGGUUGGCAAGGUGGAGAAAGUGAAUUAGGCAGAGGUGAAGAUUUGGAGAUCUAGGGGUUUGAAGUUUUACAAGAAAACCAAUGAAGAACUAGCAUGGGUAUUAAAAGAGGGACCCAUUACUAGUUAAAACGAACUCUUCUGCAGUUCUUUCAGCUUACAUUGAUAUGUUAAGUUGCUGUGUUUUCCGGUGAAAACUCAACUUCGCUUCACAAAGUUGUGUUAGUGUCAUGAAGUCAGUGAAUCACAAAUGGCUAUUUACAUGUCUUCUCUACACAAAAAUAAUCUUUUCUAGCACAGAAACCAUGAGUUGUCCACUGCUGUUCAAAGACGUUUAACAGAGGGUUUCUAAAAACCUGGCUUUAAUAUUUUAAUUCUAUAUGCAAACUCCUGGUGCAAUGCUGUUCUCCUCUCUGACUGUCCCACCCUCCCUUUGGUCUUGUCCUCUUUGCAUUGGUUUGGACCACUCCCUUGUUUCAACAACCUUUCCUAGGAACCUCCAUAGCCCACAUUUUUCUAACUCCUGCCUUUUCCUUUCCUAGGCUUAGUCUGUCUUUGUUGUGUCCUGACUGCCUAUGUUAUUAAGGUUUAUUAUCUGAGCACCUAAGCAGGAUCACAGCAGCUGAUCCAGUAGCAACCCAGAAGCCCCUCUGACCGCCCAACCACAGCUAAUCAAUCCCCCUACACCAUAAUUAAUGCCACAUUAAAAUGUUAGUCUAUUAUUAUAUAUUUUUAUCUUCUGGACACUUUGUUUUUUUCAGCAUUGGGCUUCUACCUGUGAGACCUGGGAACAGAUCCCUGCUGAAUCACUAACCCAGAAUUGAUUUGCCAGCAAAUAAUUCAAUUUUGCCCUCAUUUCCCUUCCGUUGCUGAAAUGAGGAUAUGAUUAGGGAGGAGCAAAAAUUGUGACGAUUGUAAGAGGGACGGUGAAAAUGUAAAUGAUGAUAACUAGUAAGCAGCAGAACUUGAGUAAGCUGUUCAUUUUAUUUUAUCACAUAUUUAUGUUGCUUGCUGCUCAGGAGACCACAGUCAUGUUGGAGGUAAUUCAGAUGGCUUUUAUACCUCACUCUUAAGGCCAAUUCAGUCUCCAGGAGCUUUUUUGCAGUAGCCCUCGGUCUUUAAAUGGAUACUGCUUGCAAAUUCCACGGGGGAUGUGGAUGAUCUGUUCAGCCCUAAAAAUGUAUGGAUGUUCUCAGCAGUUUAACUCUAUUGCAAGACAAGAUGGCAUGUAAUUGCAUACUCCAUUAAAGAUGCAAAGGAACCUGACUCCACUGCUGCUCAGGAACUGCUCUCCUUAGCUUGAAGUGUUAGUUAAGUUAAUUCCUCAAGCACAGUGUGCUAUUUCUGCUGCAAGCUGCUUAAAUUUCUGCAACAGGGUCUUUAAUUUUUUUUGUCAGUGUUACAGCACUGUGUUGUCUAUGCCUGCAGAGAGUAAAAGGAGCUGAUUGCUGAGUAUAAUUUUACCUGUUCUGUAAAUGUAAAUUCACCUGGUUAUCUAUGGCAUGUAAGAAUCUCCUACAUCUCUUGGCCCAGAGAUGGAAGGAAGACAAAGUCCCUACCAGAGAAGAAUGCAGACCAAGCUGAUGGACUCUGCAGAGAUGGCGAAAAUGACUGGGAAAAUCAGAAACCGAGAUUUUAAUAAAGAAUGGGGGAAAUUUAUAGUUUAUCUAGGAGACCACUAUAAGCAGUUGAACUCUUUGGCAGGAUUUUAAAAACACUUGUAAUGUAAUAAGAAUGAUGGAUAUAGUGUUUUUAAAAAUGGAGUGACUUAAAAUAUGCAGAGGAAAAGGAUUAGUAACGGAAAGCCAUGGAGAGGUGGAGGGAAGUCCAAAGAUUUGGGGGAAUCUUUGUGUAUUUCUCUUUAUUUCUGGUUAUGAAUGUAAAUUUUAAUUUGUAAAAUCAAAUAAAUAAAUUAUAUAUAAAAAAGACGUAAUGGCAGCUGGGGGAAAAAAAUCUCCAAGUGACCAUUCCUGUCGGUGUGCAUGCUAUGUGUUCGGAUUCUUCUGUCUAGUAAGUAGUCCAAAUUCCCAGUCACAAGUGACAGCCCAAUGAAGAUUGUCUACCCUACUGACAUGAUUUGCUAGAAAUGUGACUUACCCUGUGUAGUUGUAGUAGUAGUAGUAGUAGUAAUAAUAAUAAUAAUAAUAAUAAUAAUAAUAAUAAUAAUAAUUUAUUUGUACCCUGCCCAUCUGACUGGCUUGCUUCUAUGUGCAAUAAAGCUUUUUGCUAAGACAUGUUGUUGCUGGUUCCAGAAGAAACAAUUUGGUUGUCUCUUGCAUAGCUCCAUGGCCCUUUUGUAGCCCAAGUAUUUGGAAGUGAUUUCUACCAAAACAAGGGAGACAUAUUCCCAAUGUAAACAUGAUAAGUUUCAGGACAGAAGUCCAUUUUGAACUUUCAUUUAUUAACUGCCCUGAUUUGAGCUGUUGAUGAUAUGGUUUGUAGGGCCAUGCUGUUAUCUUGCAGCAAAACCCCCAUCAGUCUCCAAAUUGUAAUCUCUUAGGUAAACAGUGGGUUAAUCAGAAUCCACAAUAAAUUAAAGGCGAAACCCAUUGAUGAUUAAGGGAUUUUAUUAAUCUGAUUCUCCUGUGUGGAUAGACCAGUCCUGAAUAAUUACCACUGUCAACAGUGAAUACAUAUCCACAUAACUUUGUUGGCGUUCACUUAUUUUGGUUUUACUGGCUGCACAAAGGGGAUUUGAAAGUGAAAUUACUUUUACUUCCCUCAUUUAAGUCACAGUUCUGCCUCCCUUGCUUGCUCCAGAUACAGCGAUAAAACAUAUUAGUGCCCCACUAGUGUCCCACUUCACAAAUGAGGAAACACUUGCUCCUCACGAACACACUUCAGGGUAUCAGCAGAAAGUUUCUGAUUUCCUCCCCCACCCCCUGCUCAGUCAUCUCCUGAUGUAAUGUACUUCUGUGUCUUUUUUUUUUUUUUAAGUUGCUGAUACCAUCAUGUUUGUGCCUGUCUGUCUUUCUAGAUUUCACACACCCCCUUUCCUCAUAUAAAGCAGCAGGGCUGUGGGUGGUGCUGUGGUCUAAACCACUGAGCCUCUUGGGCUUGCCAAUCAGAAGGUUGGCAGUUUGAAUCUGCGGUACGGGGUAAGGUCCCAUUGCUUUGUCCCAGCUCCUGCCAGUCUAGCAGUUUGAAAGCAUACCAGCAUGAGUAGAUAAAUAGGUACUGCUGCGGUGGGAAGGUAAAUGGUGUUUCCGUGCGCUCUGGCACUCAUCACGGUCCUGUUGCUCCAGAAUCAGUUUAGUCAUGCUGGCCACAUGACCUGGAAAGCUGUCUGGGGACAAACUCUGGCUCCCUUGGCCUGAAAAGCGAGAUGAGCGCCGCACCCCAUAGUAACCUUUGACUGGAUUUAACCAUCCAGGGGUCCUUUAACUUUUGUUGUUGUUGUUGUUUAGUCGUGUCCGACUCUUCGUGACCCCAUGGACCAGAGCAUGCCAGGCACUCCUGUCUUUGACUGCCUCCCGCAGUUUGGUCAAACUCAUGCUGGUAUCGUCAAGAACACCGUCCAGCCACAUCGUCCUCUGUCGUCCCCUUCUCCUUGUGCCCUCAAUCUUUCCCAACAUCAGGGUCUUUUCCAGGGAGUCUUCUCUUCUCAUGAGGUGACCAAAGUAUUGGAGCCUCAGCUUCAGGAUCUGUCCUUCCAGUGAGCACUCAGGGCUGAUUUCCUUCAGAAUGGAGAGGUUUGAUCUUCUUGCAGUCCAUGGGACUCUCAAGAAUCACCUCCAACACCUUUACCUUUACCUUUACCUUUUAUAUAAAGUAGCAUAGACAAGUUAAGUUUUACCUUUACAUCUUAACAGAUUUUUAUUUUUGCAUAGUGUGAUGCUUAUGAAGCCAAAAAUGAAUGACUAAGCAGUCUCCAGAAUUUUCAUUUCCUUAAGGCCGAAAUCUUUAGAAAAUGAUGACUAUCAGAAACAUCAGAGUUUUGUGGUGCCUUAAAGAUUUGGAAAUCUCUUGUAAUAAAAAGUUUUGGGGGCUCAAGCCCCUUUAAUCAGAUGCAUUGCCACUGUUUGCCAAGUUGUCCUCAAGUGCAAAGUAAGGUGAUCAUUUUCACUAGUAUGGCAACACUGCAUUUUUGUAUCCAUUCUAGUUGUUUUUAUGAUUUCUAAUAUCCUUUCCCCCCCUUUUUUCUUUUUUUUACAACAAGUGGACUUUCGGUCAAGUUCUUUUUUUUCUUCAUUAAUUAUGUUGUCCUAGCAGCUGAAUAGAAUAACUUCACGAUCUAACAACAGUCUUUACUCAUGCUAUUUUAUAAAUAGCCUUCAAAACAUUUAAAGAACUUACAUCAACAAAGGCUCUUCCACCUUAGGCGUGUAAAAUUGGCCCCAUGGGAUCAAAACAUUUCCAGCAAUUAUAAAAUGAGCCCUGAAGAUUUUAUUUCUCCUUAUCAACCAUGAAAUACUACAGGAUGUUCUCUUGUAGUCAAAGUCUGUUUAAAUAUGCUUCUCUUUAAAUAUGCUGUGGCCUGCGCUGUGAAAGCACAGUCCAACUUCCCUUUUGUUCUCCUUGUGUAUGUGGCAGAAGCUGCAUCACAGCUCCUCAUCCCAGCCUGGUUACUAUCAGUGUGAGAGCGGCUCUUUCCAGAGUGCCAGCCAUCUGAAGCAACCUACCUGCAUUGCAUGUCUGUGCUUCAUCAAUGUGGUUAGUGUUGAAAUAUUUGAAUUUAUGCGGAGUGGCUCAUAUUUAAACAUAAACAAACCUAGUACAUUGCUGCAUUCUCUGAAUCGGUUUCUGAUGGCCGCUUGGCUUGGCCAUGAACACUUAAUUUGACUCCCUAGCCCAGGCGUGUCCAAAGUCUGUUUUGGGGGCCUAAUCCGGCCUGCUGGUCGGUUUAAUCUGGCCCCCAUGGCAGUUUAUUUCCUGGGGUAAAAUCCCAAAAAACCCUCAACAACUUCAACCCUAAAAGAAGCUCAAGCUCAAGAACUUCAAUCCUAAAACAAGCUCAACAACUUUGGGGUAAAAUCAUAAAAAAAAGCUUAACCACUUCAAUCCUUUAAAAAGAUCAACAACUUUGGCUGGCCCUUUGGUCAGCCCUUAUGGCCCUCCACUUCAUCAAAUCUGACCCUCUUUGAAAAAAGUUUGGACACCACUGCCUAGCCUAACAAAACAACAAAAAACCUAGGUUGUAAAUUGAACUUCAGUUGCUCUGGCAAUGAGUAACGUGGCCAGAAAACUGAGGUAGAAAGUUGCAGAUACAAAUCUGGCGAGUUUCAUGGGAUGGGUUAGGUUGCCUUAGACAAUCAUCCUGCUCCCAGGCAACAGUUUGGGAUAACAGUGCUCACGCAGCUUAAGGGUUGGAGUGGGUUUCUAAGGGUUACUAAAGUUGUUUUGUGUGGGAAACAUGUCGUACUUUGUAAAGUACUAUACAAAUCGUAGCUACAAAAGUUGUGGGUAACAGGUGACUAUGCACUUUUAUUCUGAUGCCUAGGAAUUGGAAUUUUCCAGUCCUGUUGGUAAUGUCUGUGAUCUUUAGUCUGAAGCCUCAGUGCUGAGCUGGUUAUGGCAUAGCAGUUCGUCAUUCAGGUCAGACAUAAGGGCACAUUAGUGUGCUGAGUGAGGAGAUGCUCAGCGUGUUGCUUCUGUUUGAGAAGAGCAGUUUGCUUGCUGCUAGCAAGAACAGAUAAUUUUAAAGAAAGGGUGGACUUCAGUCUCAUGGAAAGCUACUGUGAGCUAUAAGGCAACAAACCCUUCACAUUUCUCUGUAUCUCUCUCUCUUAAUGUGGAUAACAGUUACAGUAAAAAGGUUGGCUACCAAACUGCUGUUGCAGCAGAGACCAUGCCUUGUCAGCUGCAUCUUGCAGCCAGCUGGAGUCACCCAGAGGCAAAGUUUAGUAUGCCUUGUCUCAUUCUUUAAAAUGGCACUGAGUCUUUCAAACAAACCACUGCCCUCUUUAUUUUUAAUCUUAAAAAUGCUAGUAAAAUUCUGGCAAAAGCAAUGCUACUUUCCUUGAUUCUACCUGCAUCCAUCUCACUUGGUUGUGUUCAUCAAGCGAGUCCAAUGAUUUAUUGGGGGGUGGCGAAACAACCUUCAGUACAUGAGAUGUAUCACCAUCAUCAUGAGCCUGGUCCAGAAACCUGGUUCAGUAUGGAAUUUCUGAAGAACAAGUACCGUAAUUUAGGAAUUUGCAAAUUCUUUGCUUGGUCAUACCUAAUCUAGUCAGGGCCAAUCACAAACCUCUGAGAGCUCAGAAGCAGAACAUAAAGUAGAGGGAGAUCUCCCCUGUUGUCUGUCUCUUACUACCUGGUAUUCAGCAGAAUACUGCCCAAGUAUAUGGAAGUUCCAUAUAUCUAUCAUGGCAAAUAAUUACUGAUAGUAAUUUGUCCAUGAGUUUGUCUGAUGCUUUAAAAAAAAAAUGUCAUGCAAGCUAAACGACAACCCUUCUUUGUUCCAAGGUCCAGUCCCUGGCAUAUCCAGGCAGGACUGGGAAAGAUGCCAACCUGAAACCCUGGAGAGAUAUUGCCAGUCAGUGGCAUGGUUUUCACGUAAUACUAAGUCUUGGUUUGUUUAGUCUAACUAUGAUUUAUUUGAAUCAAGCCUGCACACUACCCAUGGUUUGCUUUCUGCCAACAAACUACAGUGUGAAGCCUCUGUUUGUUUGCUUGUCUGUGAACUGACUUGUGAUUUGUUGAAGAAACCAUGGUUAAAAACAAACCAUAACUUAAUGAACACAGCCAAUAUAGACAUUACUAAGCUAGAUGGACCAAUGAUACAGCCUGAUCUAAAGCUGCUUCCUUUGUCCUUUUUCUCUCUUUCUGUCAGCAGCCUGUCAGUGCUUGGAUUAAGUUCCAGAGAUGCUACUGUUUUUGUGGGAUCAUCUGUAUGUAGGGACCUCUUAGAUCAGAGUGAAGUUACUCUUGUUAUGUAAAUAUCCUUUUAUUAAAUCAUUUGAAAGCUGCUGGUGGUGUACAGUAUUAUUUCCCCCUCUUAAAAUUGAAGUUUAAACUCUACAGCAAAUGCUGGCAAGACUCCCACACUCUUUGGCAAAGGUUUCCCUCCCACAACUAUUCCAGGCAGAUUUUAUAACUUCAUAGCCUUGCUGUGUUGGAAGGCACACUGAAGUAACAGCAGGGACUUCGUUCUGAAAGAUUUGCCUUCCCUUCUGUGGGCUUUAAGCAGGUGUAGGCAAUUGGUGUUUGGAAACCAGCAUUAAGGCUAAAUUUGUGCAGCAUGGCCUUGUGGAUAUGAUUAGCAGGGCGAACAUCCUAAAUAUAGGAGUAUUUCCAGUGAGCAAGAAUUGUAUUUAUAAAAGAUUCCAUUUAUACAGUAAAUUGCAAAGGAACACAGUGAAUUUUGACAUAUUUCAAUUUUUGAGUCAGAAAACAGGAUUAUUUGUUCUCAUUUAACAAAUGUAAUUGAAUGGAUUAAAACUGAUCGUGAUUAUCAUACAGUGCAAAGAGAGAACAAGCUUGGCAACUUGGUUGUUUGGUAUAGCUAACAUUUAAAAUGCCAUAAACAAGCUUUUGAUGCGUCUGCAAAAUUGUCAGGCCGAUAUCUACCUAGCCAUGAGGGCUGACUUUUGACACCAGGAAGUUAGUAAAGCUCAACAUCAAUUCUGAAAUCAAAUUAUUAGAUAACUGGCCCAGAAGAGGGUAGAAAUCUAAGUGAUGAAUCAAGGUAGUUCUGGCCUUUGAAGUUUCCCGGGUGGGAGUCUGCAUUACAACCUAUGUAAACUGCUGUGUGCUUCCUUUUAGAGAGCUCAGCGUUACAUGCAAUGGAAUCGCCACUGGAACUGGAGAAAAUGCUGCUUUUUUCCAAAUUGCGGAAGGUAUUGAUGGUGCUUAAAAUGGCCUUGCUGAAUUGGACCAAAGUCCAUCAAUACCAGCAUUCUUUUUGCAGCAGUGGCCAGUUUCUGGGAGCUCACAAGCAGCACAGUGAGUGGCAUCCAACAUCCAAGUACGCUCUGAACAUGUAAGUUCUGUUUAGCUGCCAUGGCUAAUAAGUCUAUUCUUCAAUGGAAAUACCUAUUUUCAAACCCAUGUCUGCUGGUGAUGGUUGCCACAUCUUUUGGUUGUGGAUUCCAAAACUGCUUGUGUGAAGAAGACCCUCUUCUUCCUGUUAGUGGACAGCCUCAUGUGGACUGGGAAUCUGUAGAAGUUGAGUAGUUCCUCAGGUGCCAUUCUUUUAAAGUGUUGUGCUUAGAUUCUUGGUGAGGGUUCUGUGCAACUUCCACUUCUUUGAUACUUUGGGUGAAUUUUCUUUGGGGUUUUUUUAAAUAUACAAUACAAGGAAAGGUAGUAUAACUUGUUUGAGAGGGGGAUUAAAAUGUGCAUGUUAAAACACCACACUGGGCACAAGGUGGGUGUAGUUGGCAUUAGGAGUAAAAGAGAAGCCUGUCACGCUUAAGCAAAUUUAUUUCCCUUUGAAUUCUAUAGAAACAGUAGACUUCUGAAAGGGGCUAUGGGGCUUUACCAUCCUUUUUGUCAGCCGCAGCCCCACCUGACAGUGAUUCUCAUGCCAGGUCUUGAACAGAAAAAUAAAUGAAUCUCUGUUACUUAGUAUUUCUGUAGGGCUUCUAUAGAAUGCUUGGAGUAGCAAUGUGCCGCAUAUAACAUUUGCACAGUUACAGUCUUAAGACAUGGAAAGAAAGGGAGUAGAAAGGAAAUGGCAGGUGAGUUUGGGAAUUCCAAAACUAAGAGAUGGUUUCUUAAACAGGCAUUUCAACAGGCCAUUGGACUCUUGGAGGGGUAAGAGUUCCAUGUCACUGCGUUUCAUUCUUGUUCUUUUUGCUGGGAAGCCAAAAUGGACGCAUAACCAUGCCUAAUGAAUCUCCACCUGACUUCCCCUAUUUCCUUUGUUGGAAGGAAGCAAAAUAAAAGCAUUCCUUCCAGUAGCACCUUAAAGACCAACUAAGUUUGUUAUUGGUAUGAGCUUUUGUGUGCAUGCACACUUCUUGAGAUACACAGGAAGCAGUUCACAUAUACAGAGGAAUGCUUCUUUGGAAUGGACGCUCCAUUGAGGUGGAUGGGGCAUCUCUUACAAGCAUGAGUGAUAUAGAUGGGACUCUCCAUGCUGUCAACUGUAUCCAGAGUAUCUCGCUUUUUUCUUUCUGUUCGUUAAUGCAUUGUCUUCAUCCAAUUCAAGGAGCUUCCAUGAAUAGUAGAGGCUGAAUUGCUAAGGCCAGUUUCAUUUUCACAUCAAAAGAAUAUAUACUAUGGAAGGGUGUGCAGUCAUUCAUCAUGAAUUCUAUACUAAAUCUAUGCGGUUUCAUUAAAUUCACAGUUGGAGUUGCAUUUCUUUCAGCAUGGCGGAAGGUGGGUUCGUAAUUCUGACCCAAGUAGUUUAUAUGCUGUUACUUCUUCUUGGCCCAGCCUUCCCAGAAAGCAGAUACAGAAUGCCUUUCGUUCAGCCGCCUUGCCAAAUUGCAAGCUGUCAUCGCCUUUCAUAUGGGAUUGGACUGUGCAUAGGCAUGCAUGUGUAUCUCUGUGCUGAACUGUUACUUUGUGGGAGCACCGAAAAAGCACAAAAUAGAAUAUGUGCAGAAUUCAGUUCGCAGAUAACCCCCACUAAAAACCACGUGUCUGCCCAUUUGGACUGCAAACGAUAUGCUUAAAAGUUUGCAGGCAAUUCGUAUCAAAAUCUUACAAACCGGGGAACUAGCUUGAUUCCCAGUGGUCUGGAAUGGGGCUUUUAUGCCCUGCAUAGUUCUUUGUCUCUCUCACAUAACUAACAACAGCAGAAUAAUGUAUGCAAAAUGAGAAAUUAUGCACAAUUGCUGAAGGUACAUAUUUUGUACGAGGUGCAGUAUUCAGGGUGCUUUUUGGAGCAAAUCUUGAUCAUCACCAUUAUUUUGUAGUGAAGAGUAUACACGGCACUGUCUACGGAUUGUGGAUUCAGCGACUACUUAGGAUUUUUUUUCACCAUCGUUUGAGAAAGCUGAGUAUUUGUACAAAGAGUUUGGCAGGCGAAGCAAAUUGCUUUCCCAUUAUUGGGGUCAGAAUUGUAAGCAGUGUGCCAAGAACCAGAAAAGGGGGAGGAGCAGGUGAAGGGGCAAAUUGAAUGAAUGAAUUUUGUGAGCCCAGCAGGGCAGCCUUCGGUCUUUUCUAGUGAUACAGAAAAAAAUGGAAGAGCAUGGUGCUUCCAGGAGCAUCCUUGUGGGAGGGGUGCCUCUUUGGGGUGGCAUUUUCUUUGAAGCUGAAUGGAAGUGACCUCUCUUAUCCCCUUUCAAAUUUAACCAUUUGAACCCCAAGGAUGGAUGGCAUGUUGGCUGGGUUCCCAGUACACCUGUAAUCCUCCCCAGGCCCACAUCUAGUUCCGGCCUCCCCCUCUAGGAUAGCAGACUUGAGUACCUUCCAGCUGCCUACCCUGUUCAAUGAUGACUGAGCUUGCUUACUAUUCAGAUUCUUGUAUGAACAAAAUUCCCCCGUUCUUUCUUUAACGGGAAGUACAAAGAUGAAUAUGAUCAGAAUGGCAGUUUGCUUCCCAAUUAUACUCUUCUAAAAAUGGAACAUUUAAUAUAGCACUUCAUAGAAGAGUGUCUGAGUAUAGCCCUUAAAAAUAGGAUUUGUUUGAAGAAAUGAGCACACAAUUCUCACUUCCUCAUACAAAGCACACUAAUAAAAAACCAGUUUGGCUUAAAAAAUACUGUUGCAAAGUCCUUUAAAAUGAUCAUUUGUGUCGAUGCUGUGUUCUCUCUAACGCUGGGUGAUCCUGAUUAUCAUAAUUUACAUUUCUGUGCAAAGCUGUGUGGUAACUUAAGUUAAAAUUGUCGCUGUGACUGUCUCCCCACCCCCCACCCCACUUUUUAGCAAUGCAGGAAGACAUUACAGAAGGCUCCAAUGUUCAAUGGGGGAAUCUUUUGGGAUAUGUGUAGAAACUUUAUCCUCCGCUGUAAGCUUCUAGUCAUGUUCUCCUAUGCCAGCCUUUCCCAACCUGGUGCCCUUCUGAUGUUUUGGACUGCAACUCCCCUCAGUCCCAGAAAGCAUGGCCAGUGGUCAGGGCAACAUUUAGUUAAACCCACUGAAUCGGGAAUGGGCUUUUUCUCUCCUGGGAGUUUUUUUUAGCAUGCCUGGGGCAACAAUAGUUAGCAGCAGUCUGGAAAGCCAUUGUAGGACACUGAUAAAGAGCAUGAGCUGUGCGCCGGAAGGUGCAGUUCAAAUUUCAGUCAUGAAAUCAAGAUUUCUCGAUUACAGGGAUGAUAAUAAUACGAGUCUUGUCUUUUGGAAUAGUGCAUUGAUAGUUGUGGUAACAUACAUGAAGCAGCGAGGAAGCGGCCAUCUCCCAUAUAAAUGUAUGCAGAAUUGCAGCCCUUGCCUCUUAACAUAGUCUAGUUUCUUUUAAAAAAGGGAAACAAACUGGAGGAUGUGACUCAACCCAGUAGAAGGAAGGAAACAUUAACUGAAUGCAGGCAGAACUUGUGACAAGCCUAUUGCGGUGUGCAGUUUCUUCUGAACAUAGCUUGUUGCUUACAGGACCAAAAUCUUUCACUUGCCAGCAGUGUUCAAGAUGGUUGUUUAGUACAGCGGUAGGUAACCUUUCCCAGCCCUGCAAGCCAUAUUGAAAAUACCUUACGAGCUGCUCUUGCAGCCAACUUGGUUCUUUCAGUUGUGUGAUUGGCCUAGCUUGUAACUAAUAAGAACACACUUUCAGGGUGUUCUUAUUCUAGAAAGGUUAGCCUCAAUACAACACACGAGGCAGAGCUUGGGAGAUCUUGGAAUCUUGAUUUGUACAUUGUAACGGUUGCAAACUAGUUAAGUGGAGUUUUAUUUCCUCUUUGUGCUUGAUCCGUUAGUAUUUGUAGCGUCCUACUUUUAAUCCUCUGUGCAACAUGAAGUUUAGAAACGUGCACAUGUGUGCUUUCGUCUCAAAAUUUACAUGAAGCGGCAACCAUCAAACGCUUUGGAUCAUAGAAUCUUAGAGUUGGAAGGAACCCCAAGAGUCAUUGUAUAUAUUGUAAAGAUGUGUCUUUUUCCUCAGGCUGUCCCUUGACCCUUGUGGUUGGGCCUUGCUUUAUUUGCUUGAGUUUUCUGAAUUUUUAUUUGCUUUUAUAUGCUUUCCCACACUUUUAUAUUACUGUGCUGCUGUUUUUAGGUUUCUAUUUGUUUUAAUGAUACUGCUUGCUUUUUUAUAUUAUAUGCUGCUUAGAUAUUUUUUAAAAUAUUAAGUUGUUUAUAAAUGCCUUUCAAUAUAUAAAUGAAAUGGGGAAUUUUGGAAUGAUAAUGCUUACCUGUAACCCUAAGCAAAUAAGCCUUGGGCUUCACUUUUCAUUGCUCUUUGAGUCCUUUGUUUUGUGUUGUUUGCAUGUUUUGGUUCUUAAGCAUGUGGACUUGUCACCAAAGAACCUAUUAUCCAGAGAUGCGGUCAAACAAAGUGCAAGCUGCAGUUGCUGUUGUUUAAUGAACUGUGAGACUGUAUGUAUGGUGAGUGCACUCUUAAAAAUGCUGGAAUAUGCUGACGCUGAAGGGUAGUAUCUUUUUCCGUGCCGACUAGUUUUCUACUACGUAGAACAGCAUGGUUUUGCUACGCUUAGCUUUUCACAGUUGACUGGAGGCAAUGUAUGUGCAUGAGAGAAAGAAAGUAUAGUGUGUUCUUAACAUUUCAAGAUCCAUCUCAGUUUGUGAUUCAUACUGGUAUUUCUAUAUAAUUUUCCAUUGCUCACCAUAUUUAUGAUAUUCUCUUGUGGGUCUUGGAUAGAAUGAAAUCACGAGGCCCUGUCCUAUGAUCAUUAUUAGUCCAGUAUCAUGAUGGAUUAUAUUAUUAUUUUUCAUACUGUGAUUUCAUCUCAUUGCUGUUAUUAUUUACCUGAGUGCACCACAGACUAUUGCUUGCCUUUCUCCAUAGCUGGCUUUUUACCUAGCGAUGGCCCCUGGAAGCAAAUCUACAAAGCAAUAGUUUAGUAAGAGGAAUACGUCUGUUGCCUGCUGUCCAUCAAUAGUAGGUAGCUUAAACCAAACACAUGAAGCCAUCUGGCAUCCAUAUAGCUGCACACUAUGCCACUUCCUACCACAGCCUUUGUGUCUCUCAAAAACCAGCUUCUCAAAGUUAGAGACCUGCCAGAAGGGCAUUUGAUGCAGCACAAGGCAUUCUAGUCAGAAGAGGAAACCGCAGAGAUUUUUGUGCACAUAUGAAUGCAUGCAUGGAAAUUUAAAUACUGCUGUUCUGAGAUAUGGGGCUGGCUCAUUAGGUGCACCAAACCUUGUCUUCCAGGCCCGACAUAGAAUAUAUUGGCUGUUGAAGCUUGUCAUAUUCUGUUGAGCUAUCUGUUUCCUUGUCUUAGCCUAGGAUUUGCCAGCAUCUGGUUUGUGUGGCUUGUCAUGUCAUCCAAACCAAGAAUCUCCAAGCAAACCACAAGCAGUUACCAAGAUUUGGUGAUAAUAAACCAUGAGCCUGGAUUUGGAGAAAACUGCAUGCCAGACACACUGAGUGACAAGUACCAGGGGUUUGUAGUUUCAGGCACAACCAGUCAGUGGCAAUAAAAAUAUAAAGUGGGUUUCCAUUACUUUUUAUCAAUGUGCUAUUAAUUGGUAGAAAUAUAUAAUUGUUGAAAUAUUGACUGUUAUAUUCAAAAGUGGGAAAGGAAUUUUAGUACACCAUUGUCACUUUACAGCAAAAUGGAAACCCGACUAAACAAAGCUUACAGGAGAAGGUACUGAGGGCGGGAUGCACUUUCUGUGAGAGUGUUAGUCUAAAAUUGGAACAAGCUAGGGAGGAGGUAGAGUAUUUGCAGUGGCAUUCAGGAAUGUGGUUGCAGAAUAUAAGGCUGCAUUUACUCUGUGUAUUCUUCCUGCCUGCCUCCAAAAUUUCCAUCUCUCAUCGAUGGCUGUAUAAAGGGAAAACUCCACACCCUUGCAUUCCACCGCAUGUGUGGCCAGGCUUGCUCUUUGAGGAGAGUUGGUAGCUAUUAUAAGGCAGGCAGCAGUUUGCUAGAAGAAAACGUGUUUCAUUUUUAGGAAAUGGGCUGUCUUGGAUUACACAUACUACAAAUCUCAGUUUUUUCCUCCCUUAUGAAGGGUGUCCUGACAAUUUUGAUACCUCUGUGGGUCAGCCAGUCAGGGGGACUCAAACAUUAUUACGUAAAAUGUAUAUUUUUGUUUGUGAUGGCUAGUAUAUUUUAACUUUGAAAAUUGAAAGAUAAAUGGAUGUGAGGUGGAAAAUAAGGGUUGUGCAAACAAAGUCCCCAUACCAUUUCCUUGUGUGAUUCUUUUCUUCUGUAGUUGAUCAUGCCCGAAGCUGUGGGUCUUAACACAUCCUUCAUCAACUUUCCCAGGGCAGCACCUGUGGUUUUCUAAAUAUGACAGGGUUUACUUUGAUUGAGAGGCUUCUCAUUUUCCUAUCUUGAUAUUUCUUGCUUGAGUUGUCCAAGACCAAAUUCUACUUGGAAAGCAUUUUUAGUGCUCCUUUAAAGUUCUGAUGCUGACUCAGUAUUCAGACUAUAGGAAAGAGCUCUUACAUUUUGCAGGUGUGCCAAAGAGCAAUUGAACUGGUUUGCAGUUAAGCAAUACAGCAAGUCUUGCACAUAAUCCACUGCAGUGGUUUCAUUUACUUUCCUUGCUACUUCCUCUAAUUUUUUUAGGUUCCUUUAAAGUACUCAUCUGUGUACAAAAAAAAGUUUUAUCUUUGUGUCCUUCUGAAAGUGAGUUAUUUCUUGCAGUAGUAUGGAUUUCUGCAAAUGUGGCUGCUGUUGAUGAUCAUUAACUUCUUCUGGCAGCCAUCGACUUGAUUCCAUUAUGACAAGAUGCCUCCCCGUGCCUAAUUUGUCAGGCACAAUUCUAUUGGAGCAAUCUUCUGUUUUGUACUAAGUGGGCGAGGGACACAUCACCCUUCCUGAUCUCAUGCGUACAAAGAGGAAGAAAACUUUUGAAUACCGGCUGCUGGGAAUCGCAAGAGGGGAGAACACUGUUGCAUUUAGAUCCUGCUUUGGGGCUUCCCAUAGGCAUCGCAUUGGCCACUGUGAAAACAGGAUUCUGAACUAGAUGGGCCUUUGGGCUAAUCCAGCAGAUCUUCUGUUGUGUUCUUGUAAUGGAGUGGCGUCUGGGGUGUGUGUGUGUGUGUGUGUGUGUGUGUGCCCUUUUCAUUUGGCAUCCAAGCUUUUCUGGGGGUUUUUUAUGACAGCAACACACACACACAGUCUCUGAUUCUAAUUGCCUUCAAAAUUUGGUGUGAAUUAAUUGACUUCUUGUGCUCAACUCUUUGAAGGCAUUAUUAGAGUGUCUGCAGAAUGGGAGACUGACCUCUCCCUUCUCCCAAGUCCUUCAUGUGUGCUGGAGAAUUUGGAAGGGGGCAAACUUGUGACCAGUUACAAAUAAUGAUUGACUACAGAGGUCAGUCAAUAUUUGUGGGCUCCUAGUCAUUUGCAUCAAUCUUCUUCCAAGGAACUCAAGAGUUGUCAACAUAUGGUUCCUGGUUAGUCUUCAAUCCAGGUAACGUACAAGACCAGUCUUGCUUAACUUCAGUAAUAGAAUGACAUCAAGUGUGGCUAUAGACCAUUUUGCUGAUCUGCAAAGCAGUUAGGCAAAUUUACUAGUUAGGGAAAAAUCUCAUCUCCGUAAUGGGGUGCUAAAGAAAAAUGAUUUGUGAGCCAGUGAGUUUUUGUGGUGUUGAUUGUUCUUUGAUUUAAAAUACAUUCGUUGCUAACAUACAUGUGCAGUGCUAUCCUAGGACAUUCCAUCUUGUAUGGAGUUUCCAGACGGCUGGCAACAAAAUCGACUUUCAGAAAGCGGAUGUUGCACCAAGCCAUCUUUGAAACUGCCACACAUUUAUUUCAAGUCUGAUGAGAAAACUGAUUAAUGUGAGGGGGUUUUUUUCUUCCUAUUUUUGCAGCCAUCUACAUAGCAUAUUAUGAUGUUAGUAAUGUGUUGUAGGAGGAACAUGCUGGGAAAUAGCCAUUGCCCAGGCAGUGUUGUAAUGUUUUGAAGCUAAGGCAUGAAACUAAGAUCUCAAGGACUGCCACUUCCCAUAUGAACUGACCCUGUGAUCAUCAUCUGAGGCCCUUCUUCAUGUGCCCCUUUCAUGAGAGGUCCAGAGGGUGACAACACUAGAAUGGGCCUUUUCUGGGUAGUGUAUCAAUAUGAUGUGUUGCGAAUCACGAUGUGCAUGCGCACUAUGUUGAAAAUCACAAUGUGGGGAAAACCGUGAAGCCAGCCACUGCUUCUCUCGUGAUUCCUGCUGCCUCUCAGCUCUCCCCUGCCUCUUGCAGGGGCCAGUGAACCACAAGAGCAGAUGCUGAAGAAAGCAACCUAUCUGGGAACUUUCCUAAGUAAUAUAGACACCCACAAGCUCCUUGUUUUAAAUGCAGGCACCAGGCUGGUUGGUGGCUGAGAGAGAUGCUAGUCUGAAUUUCUUGCUAGGAGCACCUUUCCCCCUUCCAUUCUCUUUGGGCUCUCUCUGUUGGCACGGCCCUCCCAUGGGUGCCUCCUGAUACCCAGCUCCUCCUGAGACCCAAACCCCACCGGGGUCCCCUCAAGACCAGAAAGCCCUUUCCACCUUGCCUACCAAAAGCCCCAUGUUGCUGCCCUGUUGUUUAAAAAAAGCAAGCUUGCCCUGUUGUUUAAACCUCUUUCCUCCCUUCUCCUUUCUUUUUUUCCCUUCAAUUUUUUUUAUUGAUUUCCCACAUUUAUAACAGAUAUAACAUAUAAAACACACAAAGAAAAAGACAACACAAUACUAAAAAAAGAAAGAAACAAAAAUAUAAACACAUAUUACUUCUUAGACCCCCAUUAAUUUUCAUUGUUAACUGACUUCCUCGAAUCCCCCCAACUGAGUUUCAUUGAAUCACCUUGUAACAGUUCUCCAAUAUCUUCUUUCUAAUAAAAUUAACUCCUUCACUUUACUAUCUUCUUCUCUUUUCAUACUAAUCUAAAUCCAUAAUGUUUUACAGUUCAUUCUUUCCUCCCUUCUCCUUUCUCUCUCUCUCUGUGUCCGUGUCUCCCUCAUUUCUAUAUCUCCCUUCUCGCUUCUCUCCUUCUCUGUGUGCUGUUUCCACAGAGCCAAAUACCCGGCCAACUCCAUUAAAAGAAAAAGGGUUGGCCAAAAAAAAAAAAAAAUGAUUUAGAGGAAGAAGAGGGCCCGGCAGGUGAUGGAUUAGCACCAUUGUCUGUACUGGAAGCAGGAGGAGAGCUACAAAACUAUAUGGCUAUGCGAAGAGUGAAUUUUGAUGCAUUCCCUCUGAUGUGGUGAAAGGCACAAGAGGCAUCCUUCCCAGUGUUGAAGUCGCUUGUAAAGAGGUUUUUAGCUAUCCCAGGAACAAGUGUGCCAUGUGAAAGUGUUUUCAGCAUGGCUGGCAAUGUUCUUCAAAAGCAAAGGGUGUUUCUCUUACUAGAGAAUGCUGAAAUGCAAAUUUUUCUGGCAUUUUUUUUUUAAUUGUCUAAGAUUUUUUUUGUUCCGUAAAUUUUUAUCCAUUCUUUCUAGUUUGGCCUGGUAUAGAAAAUUGACAAUCAGUCAAAAGAACUGGUGGUGUGGGAUGUAUACAUGUAGUCAACUAAGACCCCAUAGUGAAUUAUAUUUGAAUAUCUAAAAGUGUGGCACAGAAUUGGCUUUUUUCUUGUUUAGUAAUGUAAUUAAAUUUUUAGAAAACAUUCUCUCACCUUACCUUGGAUAUCUACAGCUUUUAAUUUUAGAGAAAAUGUGCUAAUUUAAAAAUGAUCUGUACGUUAAAAUAACAGUUGUAGCAAUAUGUUAAAGAUAAUUAAAACUUUGUCAUUUUUAGUUCCCUAAGUAGUAGCAGUUGCCAGGACAUUGUCCCGUUCUUCUCUGCAUAGUUCCAUCCUCAUUCCAUACAUUGUGAUAUACAGUGGUACCUCGGGUUAAGUACUUAAUUCGUUCCGGAGGUCCGUACUUAACCUGAAACUGUUCUUAACCUGAAGCACCACUUUAGCUAAUGGGGCCUCCUGCUGCUGCCCCGCCGGAGCACGAUUUCUGUUCUCAUCCUGAAGCAAAGUUCUUAACCUGAGGUACUAUUUCUGGGUUAGCGGAGGGUCUGUAACCUGAAGCAUAUGUAACCUGAGGUACCACUGUAUUGGUGUAUCACGAUAUUUACCUGGUGAUAUAUCUCCAUGUUGAAAACCAGACAUCACCCACCCUACGGCGGUGGUUCUACAUUUGUGGAAUGCUCUCCCCAGGAAGACUAGCCUGGUACUUUCGUUACAUAUCUUUGGGUGCCAGGCAAAAAGAUUCCUCUUCUCUCAGGCCUUUGGCUAAUUAAAACAAAUUGAUGGUCUUUUAAAUGGCGUGUGUGUGGGGUUGUUAUUUAUUACUAUACUAUGCAUUUUUGUGUUUUCAUAUUGUACACUGCCCUGUGGUAACCUCAGCUGAAUGGCGGUAUAGAAAUUUAAUUAAUAAUAAUAAUAAUAAUAAUAAUAAUGUUGUACUGGGACAGACUGACCACCUCCUUCUCUCCUUCAAGACAUAAUGAUUUGGGAUGGGAAGGGCCUUAGCAUCUGUGGUGCCCAGUGCCCAUGCCUCUAAAAGAAAUCUGCUUUUCAAGUAUUCCCAGGUUGAUUACAGACAAAUAAAUAUAGAAAAUUGGUAAUGUGAUAUCCUUCUGUAGAAGGAUCACGUUCCCUUGGUGCAAGACAAUGCAAAUUGUCAGUUUAUACAAAGCUCUUCAUGCAGGAGAACAGAAUGUCAGUAGACGUCAGAUCUGAAAUGUCAGCAUGCUUGAUGGAGUCACUAAGCAGUUAUUCUGUGGUUUCCUGGGAUAGUGGGUAGAGGGGGGGGGAAUACAGUUCACUUCCUUGUUCAUUUCAGACAUUCAAAAUAGUGCUAGUUUGAAUGUCUGUAUGAAGGCUCUGAUGUCCUCCCACCCCUUUAUUUUGCAUUAUUCAUCUUUAAUGAGGAACAGGGAUUUCUUGGUUGUGACUCUGGGACUGCAGAAUAACUUCAAGUGGUGUGGUUUUGUACCCCAGUCAUGGCCUUUUGGGCAGCUAAACGAAGACCCAUUUGCACAGGGAGGCCUUUGGGCAAUAAAUGAUGAAGACUUUUUCUGAGCUGCUUAUGAUCUAGAAUUUGCUUUAUGACUAUUUUAACGUACUGCAGAUACUAUUUUAGUUGGCUUUAUUGUUCUUGGGAUACUUGAUUUUUUUUUUUUAAAAAAAAACCCCUAUGGGAAUGGAGUUUUCCAAUUGUGGUGAUGGGGUGCGGGGCUUUGGUUGUUGAAUUUCAGUAUAGGAUUGAGUUGGGGCUAGGAAGUCCAUCCUAGAAACUGUGCAGAGAUCAGACCCACCUCUGACCAGAGGCAGCUGUUAUCAGAAAUCUCCUGCUGAAUCUUUAGCAGACGGGUUCAAACUUUAGUUCCGUUGGCGAAAAGGGUAAUUAAGUUCCAGUUGAUGUAGUUGCUGUUUUCCCUUGGGGUAACCCCAGAAAUCUCUGUUAAUAACUGGCUGAUGUAAUUACAGGACUGCUACACAUGGCAAUGUACAUUCUACCUGUGUUGAUUUUGGUUUGACUGGUACUUGUUUGUUUCUUUCAAGCCAAGCAUUACUAAAGCAGCAUAAAAAUUUACUGAUUAUGGGAGAAGCUUUUGUGGACUAUACUUUUUAAGGUGCCCCAAGACCCUUUACUGAUAUACAGUGAUAUACAAUGUAUAUCCAGUGGUACCUCUGGAUGCGAAUGGGAUCUGUUCCGGAGCCCUGUUCGCAUCCUGAAGCGAACGCAACCCACGUCUGUGAGGGCGCGGGUCGCGAUUUGCCGCUUCUGCACAUGUGCUUGACGUCGUUUUGAGCAUCUGCACAUGCACGAGCGGCGAAACCCGGAAGUAACGUGUUCUGUUACUUCUGGGUUUCCGUGGAGCGUAACUUGAAAAUGCUCAACCUGAAGCGUAUUUAACCAAAGGUAUGACUGUACUGAUAUACAAUGUUAGUCAUACUGGCAGUAUGUAAGAUCUAUUGGCAUCAGUUGACUUGACCCAUUGAAAUGAAUGGGCCUACUCUGUGACUUAGUUGGUUAUCACCCUUUGUUGCUUUGCUGUAAGAGACUAACAUAGAAACCAUGCAACCUGACUUCCAGGCUUUCUUAUAAGAUUGGUGCCAUCUUCUUCUAGGAACUGCAAAGGAUGGUGCAUGGGUGCUUGGGCACUACUUACAAAAUUCAAAGAGGAGUGUCCACAAUUUAAUCUUUUUUAUAUCUUACAGCUUGAUCCCCCACCUCUGGUCCUAUACAAAUUAAACUAUAUUCAGACUUUGACUACAACUCCAGAUUUGCUCAGCCUCCAGAGGCUGAAUUAAAUGCUUUUCUAGGUCAUGCCUGGCUCAUGUAUCUGUACUUGGCCAUCCUUGUGUUGUAAGCAAGUUAAGUAAUCUUGGGACAGGUGGGCUGUCCUCAUGAAUCAAAUAGUAGGUAGUUAAUUUCUCCUGUUACUCUGUUACCUUUUGAUGUUUUGUGCCCUUUUCUCUCUCAUUUGCACACUGCUUUUUGAAUAAAUAAACUGAUGGCCAUGCUUUUUAUAAUAUGUUAAGGAACUCCCUGGCCUUACUUUUUAAAAACCAGAGUAGAGAAACUAUGAUCUAAUAUGGAUGGGCCCAUUAUGGGUACAGUAGAGCAACAUAUUUUAAUUACUCAUUUUUUCCUGAUCAUAAAACAGAUAAACUAGCACAUAGUGUGUUUAAUCUCAGCUGGUUGUGGGAAUUGUACUCUGUGUUUGUGUAUCUAUUUAAAUUUGGGAUAUCCAACAUCACAUUAAGACUUCUCCUCUCAAUCUCCCUGUGCCCCCAUCUGCUGUGGAGGGUUCCCUAACACUGCAAAACAGAUUUUGGGAAGGGGAAAUCUGUUGUGCAAGAGGGCUGACAAUGCUUUAUGUCACCCAUAUAUUUAAAUAUUUUAUUAGAUUUGGUCACCUGGAAUUGGUUAUACUUACUUCUCUGAGUGACAAAUACCAGUAUGUUUUAGGCUGGGUUGUCUAGUUUUUCAUAUGUUCUAUUCUUUCAUCUUUUCAGGUUUCACAGAUAAGCUGCUACGCCUGCCUUUUAAGGAGUGAGAGUCUACAGAAGUUUCAAGACAAUAUUGUCACCUGGUAAGCGUUUGUUAGAUGUUCUUGCCUAUAAAUAUCUUUUUCCCACUCUUUGUGAGAGACUUUGAUUUUUACUGUUCAAAGCUACACAUAAGCUUGCUACCUUACUUGCAACCAUUCCUUCUAUGUGGGGGCUGGAUUACUGUUUCCUAAAAGGGAAAAAAGCACGAUAUAUCUUAUGCCUGGAAUUUAAAGGUAUAUCUGCCUUCAUGCCAAUUUAAGAAGCAGGGAUUCUUACAAAGAAUUCUGGGAAAUUAAGGUUGGUGAUAAUGUAGAUUCUGCCUUCCACAAAUUUUUAGAGUUGUAUCAGAAGCUGUAUGUGUGGACUUUUGCACAUGCAAGAGGACUUUCCUCUUGUCUCCCUGCAUGCCCCCAAAAUCUGCUCCAGGGGGUUCUUAAGACUAGAUUUUUAGGAUAUGUUGAAGGAGAGAAGGGGGUUGUUCUGUAGCAUGAAUAGAAGUAUUGUGCUAGCGGAAUGACUAAUGUUGGAUACAACACUUUAUUUCCAGGGUUCCUUGGUGAGAGGAUGGACUAUUAAUUUAGCAAUCCUGUUUUGACAGCAGAUACAAACCAUGGUUUGCUCUGUUCGGAUGUAAUGACAAACUGGUUUCUGUGAAAUAGAUUACCUACUGGUGAGCUUUCAGACCACCCUCUGGAAUCGUGAUACAAAGACCAUUUUGUAAAAUAGCCAAACUGUGGCAAGUAGCCUUGCCUGUGGCAAAUUAAGAUUCCCUUUGAGCAGCUGAGCAAGAAAGCUCUUGAAAAAAUGGAAGAAUACACUUUCUUUUUUCUUUCAGGCUAUUGGUAAUGCCACAGAUUACCAACAUAGGUUUGUUUGGGCAUUCAGACUAGUGCAUAUUAUUAUGGGCUAGGAAUUUUUGUAGACCUGUUUGUCAAGUGUGAUGAAGAAUGGGCACACUCAUUCCUCCAAAUGUUACAAUUUCCAAAACAUAUUUCCUGGUGAUUUGGAAGGUUGGUUUUUUUUACUCUCAAGUUUCAGCUGCUCAGGUAAGCAGGCCAGCUCCCAGCUUGUGCAGGAUUAGCAGUCUCUUUGCCCAGAAAGCAAAGCAGUAGCUGUCCAAGGAAACCAGGACAGUCUUUGGGUUUUCUGGCACAGCAAAACUGCCCCCUGCCAGUCUUCACAAAUGAAAUGAGAAAACACUGAAAUACAUGAUGUAGUAGAACAUGGUCAUUUUCUGUGGUUUAGCAUUCACAGUGGCUGUUCUCAAGAAAUACUAAUGAUGGCAAUUGUUUACAGUUGACAUGUCCAAAUUGUUGGUGCUUUUCUGACUAAUGAUGGGUUUCUGAUUGGGCCCACAUCACUGAACGGUGGUGAACUGUGAGGUUGUCUUUUCCCCCCUUGCAUGUUCAGUUACUUGUGACAAGGUAUUUGUUACCUUGUAAUACUGAAUUUUAUGUUUAAACCUCACAAGCUAAGAUGAAGCAUCAGAUAUGUCAGUCCCUUAGUCAACAAAUUACUUGUAAUAGGGCCUCUGAUUCCAAUUGAGAGGACUUGGAGGCUUGGUAACAUUGGCUCCACCUGCUGACUCACCUGCUGUUAGGCAGCUCCUGUUAACCUACUCUCUCUCUCUCUCUCUCUCUCUCUCUCUCUCUCUCUCUCUCACACACACACACACACACACCCCACUAUCUGAAUAGCAACUGUGGCGUUAGCAGAAUUCUUGCCAUAUGCAUUGCAGCUGCUCCCACUUGUUGCAUAUGUGUUUUGGAUUCUACCCAGGAGCGAGCAGCUGAAGUGCAUAGUAAGGAGAGAACUCCGUUGGAGCCUCUGUUGCAGUUCAUUUUGGAAGGGACAGGGUCAAUGAGCCCAUCGCCUAUAGGUUGUUUCUGUGCGAUCAAGCACUUCAUAUGCACAAAGCCCUCACCUCCUUGGGACCUGGGACUUUGAUCCUCUGGGGUCUGAAUUUGGCUAUCAGGCCCCACAUUUCUUAUGCUUAUCUGAGUAAGAGAGAUACUCAGAAAGUGUUCAGGGGCAUUAAGGUUGUUCUCUGCUCUUUACUCGGGAGCAUUUAGUCACUGGGAAGUGUUUGAUUAGGAACUGGUUAUAUUGAUACUUUCAAACUAUUUUUCCCCCUUAAUUUUUUAAAAUAAAGAGAUGUGGAUACUACUGAAAAUAGGCUGGUAUUUAAGCAGGGGCUUAAAUACACUGCAGUGGUACCUCAGGUUACAGGCGCUUCAGGUUACAGACGCUUUAGGUUACAGACUCCACUAAACCACAAAUAGUACCUCGGGUUAAGAACUUUGCUUCAGGAUGAGAACAGAAAACGCACGGCGGCAGCGCAGCAGCAGCGGGAGGCCCCAUUAGCUAAAGUGGUAAUAAUAAUAAUAAUAAUAAUAAUAAUAAUUUAUUAUUUAUACCCCGCCCAUCUGGCUGGGUUUCCCCAGCCACUCUGGGCGGCUUCCAAAAGAAUAUUAAAAUACUGUGAUACAUCAAACAUUAAACGCUUCCCUUAACAGGGCUGCCUUCAGAUGUCUUCUAAAAGUCUGGUAGUUGUUGUUCUCUUUGACAUCUGGUGGGAGGGCGUUCCACAGGGAGGGCGCCACUACCGAGAAGGCCCUCUGCCUGGUUCCCUGUAACUUGGCUUCUCGCAGUGAGGGAACCGCCAGAAGGCCCUCGGUGCUGGACCUCAGUGUCCGGGUAGAACGAUGGGGGUGGAGACGCUCCUUCAGGUAUACUGGACCGAGGCCGUUUAGGUUACCUCAGGUUAAGAGCAGUUUCAGGUUUAGAACGGACCUCCGGAAUGAAUUAAGUUCUUGGAAUCAUAGAAUCAUAGAGUUGGAAGAGACCACAAGGGCCAUUGAGUCCAACCCCCUGCCAAGCAGGAAACACCAUCAGAGCACUCCUGACAUAUGGUUGUCAAGCCUCUGCUUAAAGACCUCCAAAGAAGGAGACUCCACCACACUCCUUGGCAGCAAAUUCCACUGUCGAACAGCUCUUACUGUCAGGAAGUUCUUCCUAAUGUUUAGGUGGAAUCUUCUUUCCUGUAGUUUGGAUCCAUUGCUCCGUGUCCGCUUCUCUGGAGCAGCAGAUAACAACCUUUCUCCCUCCUCUAUGUGACAUCCUUUUAUAUAUUUGAACAUGGCUAUCAUAUCACCCGUUAACCUCCUCUUCUCCAGGCUAAACAUGCCCAGCUCCCUUAGCCGUUCCUCAUAAGGCAUCGUUUUCAGGCCUUUGACCAUUUUGGUUGCCCUCCUCUGGACACGUUCCAGUUUGUCAGUGUCCUUCUUGAACUGUGGUGCCCAGAACUGGACACAGUACUCCAGGUGAGGUCUGACCAGAGCAGAAUACAGUGGCACUAUUACUUCCCUUGAUCUAGAUGCUUUACUCCUAUUGAUGCAGCCCAGAAUUGCAUUGGCUUUUUUAGCUGCCGCGUCACACUGUUGGCUCAUGUCAAGUUUGUGGUCAACCACUGUACUUGCUUUCUUUAAGAGCUCUUAAGGAUCUUCAAUGCACAAUUCAGUAUUGUAGUAGCCUCUUCGACCUCUCAGUGGCUUUUGAUACCAUUGACCAUGGUAUCCUUCUGGAGUGGCUGUUGAAGUUAGGGGUAGGUGCCACUACUUUGUGGUGGUUCCGGUCUUGCUUGGAUGGUUAUUUCUGGAGGGUGACACUGGAGGAGUCUUCUUCAGCUCUGUGGAACCUUCAAGGUGCUGUUUCUUCAGAUCUUCUCCCUUUUUCUUUAGAGGUGCUUGCAUGGGUCUAUAUCCCCCCUCCCCAAGUUGAGAGAGAAGAUGCAUGAACUGUGAUGUGAAAUUUUACUGGAGAUGGUUUCACAUGUUCUUCUUUUAUGUUUUUAGAUUGGGAACAAAAACAGAGAAGCACUGGCUAUAGGUGAGAAUUUCAUUUUCUCUCUCUCUCUCUCUCUCUCUGUGUGUGUGUGUGUGUCUGUGUGUCGCACCCAGGUUUUGGCUAAGGCAGCCUUCUCCAUCAGGGUGCCCUUCGAAUGUUGUUGGGCUACAACAGCUGUGACCAUUGACUGACCAUGCUAACUGGGGGCUGGUGACAGUUGUCAUCCAAAACAUGGAGGGCCCCAGGUCCCAAGACUGGCCUAAGGGAACUAAAUCACUGUGUAUGUUGUUCACAAGUCACUGCUAUGCAUAAUGCUAACACACAUUAGAAAUCCUUUGGAUAGAAAGGCAGGAUAUAAGCACUGCCCUGCUCCUUUUCAGGAGUAUUGGCACAGGUGUUCACGUUUUAGUGCUUCGAAGGUAUCAUCUUAAAGGGCACACAAAUAUUUGGUCUGCACAAAAAUAUUGUCUUCCUAAAUAUUGAUACAAGUUUCACACGAGCUGCAGUCAUCUGUGUGUGCAAGUGUCCGCUUUUUGUUAUAGUUUUCUAAUGAAGUUUAUCACCUAAGAAACCAUCUUGGUUUUGGUAGUACCCAUAAACUGGUAUGAGAGAACUUUAUAGGAUGUCCCUAGUGAAAGAAAGUUUUUUUCCCCCUGAGAUACUAGACAAGAAUACUAAAAUGCUCUCAUUUAUUUCAUGUCCUUUUCUUCUUUUUCUGUAACGUGCUUUUGAAUAACAAAAGUGACCACCCCAAUGUAAUAGGCCUUACUCUUCAGUAGUUGUGUAUAGGAUUAUUCUGUUCAUCAGUCACAUACUUUAUAAGACAAGCAGUCUAAAUACUGGGUUCAAUAAAUAUCCCGAUGCUGCAGUUAUUGCUGAAGCUAAGCAACUGUGGGGUGUAAUCAGUUACCUGGAUUGGAGACCCUGGGGAGACCCAGAAAAAAUGGGUUAGGAGUAUAGUAAUAUUUAGUAUCUAUUUAAAUACAGUUUAGAUCAGAGCUUUCCAAACUUUUCAUGUUGGUGACACACUUUUUAGACAUGCAUCAUUUUGAGACAGAUUAAUUCAGUUUUACAGUGGUACCUCGGGUUACAAACACCUCGGGUUACAAACACUUCAGGUUACAGAUUCCGCUAACCCGGAAGUAGUACCUUGGGUUAAGAACUUUACCUCAGGAUGAGAACAGAAAUUGCAUGGCGGCGGCGGGAGGCCCCAUUAGCUAAAGUGGUACCUCAGGUUAAGAAUGGUUUCAUGUUAAGAACGGACCUCCGGAACGAAUUAAGUUCGUAACCAGAGGUACCACUGUACUUGCAAACUGGGGGUUAAACUAGCCCCUUUCCAGUCCCAGAAGGAGUGCAGGCAAUGUUCCUGUGACACACCUACACACUGCAACAGACACACUAACAUGUUGCAAUACACAAUUUGGAAAGCUCUGGCUUGUAUGUCCAUAAGCCUUUUCCCUGCUUAGUUUUACCUUGAGUCCCCCCCGCCCCCAGCUGCUUUCAUUAUUAUAAAUAUUGCACAACAUGUUGAUAUCAAUUUCUCCUCACUGUGAAGAGUUUCUAAAAUGCAUUCACUUUUGACAGCUUUUCAGAGAGAACCAUUAAGAAGUAUUAUUCUAUUUGCAGCCUGACCUCUUAAAUUAUGUAUUACUUUGGGCAACAUGAGCUGGCAUACUUAAAAUCGACCACUAGAUGUCAGCAGUACAAAAGAGAAUGCUGAAUGAUGGGGUAGGAAUGACAAACAUGACUCGGAAGAAAAUUCAUAAAAUAUUUUUUCAUGUUCACAAUAAAUGUAUAAUUACGACAGUCACGUUCUUUCCAGUCUUGUACGUGUGUAGAAGUUAAUUUCAGUAUCUCCUAAAAUCUGUUUCUUAUGUCAUCUCUGGUUACGUUGACUUUAGAAAAGAGAAUCUCAGUCUCCUGAAUAAAAGUGUAUCUAUAAGAUUUUGCAUUGCCAAAGCAGAGGGUUGGAUUAGAUUAUCCUCAUGGCCCCUUCCAACUAAAUGAUCCUAUGAAAAGAUCUCCUUUAUCAAUAUGCAUUAAUAGAUAGCCGUACCUCUGCUUAUGUAUUACUCUGGAUAUGUAAACUUCGGGAUGCAAACGUGGCAAAUCCGGAAGUAUUUUUCCGGGUUUCGCCCCAUGCGCAUGCGCAGAAGCACUAAACUGCACCAUGCGCAGAAGCGGUCCUCUGGUUGCGAAUUCCUCGGGAUGUGGCCAGACCUCCGGAAUGGAUCCCAUUCGCAGCUGGAGGUGGUACUGUAUAUGGAGAUUGCUAAACUCAGCUCUAUGAAUAGGAAAGGGAAAGGAAAACAGGUUAUCUUCAGGUGUCCAGUCUUUUCUGCUGUUACAUAAUGUUCAAUGCCAGAGAAGCUUCUGGGAAGGGAGGAGGCAAACAGUGGUUUGGUCCCAGCAAGGCUCCUGUAGGAGGCCUCACUGUCGCAAAAAGCUCUAGUGGAAUGGUGGCUGAUAGAGUUGUAUGUUAUGGCUUGAGUAGACCUCUCCAGAUCCAAGCUGUUGCUUGCCCCUUAGUUUAGCAGAGGCAAAACAGCAGUAGACUAGAAUCGGAUGUUAUUAACUCAUGUGACCCAAAAUUUGAAGCAUGAGGAGAGAAAAGCAAUGCAAUUCUAGAACCAGCAUGGCAUAAUGGUUGUAGUAUCCGACUGGGACCAGAGACACACAAUUUUAAGUCUCCACUCAGCGAUGACGCUCUCUAGGUGACAGUAACUAACUCUCUGGUGAACCUAUUUCAAAGUGUGACUGUAAAGAUUAUUAUGACUAUUAUAUAUUGAAUUUAUAUACUGUCCUAUACCUGGAGGUCUCAGGGCGGUUCACAGAACAAAAUCUAAAUAUAAAAAGACAGAAUAUAUAAUCAAAAUAAAAACUCAAUACCCCCCCACCCCCCAUUUUCAAAGGGCAUAGGAUGUUAAUCAAAUCAACCAAAGGCCUAGUUAAAAAGGAAUGUUUUUACCUGGUGCCUAAAGGUGUGUAAUGAAGAUGCUAGGUGAACUUCCCUGGGGAGAGCAUUCCACAGACGGGGAGCCACUGCAGAAAAGGCCCUUUCUCAAGUUGCCACCCUCCAGACCUCUCGAGGAGGAAGAAGAAGAAGAAGAGUUUGGAUUUGAUAUCCCGCCUUUCACUCCCUUUAAGGAGUCUCAAAGCGGCUAACAUUCUCCUUUCCCUUCCUCCCCCACAACAAACACUCUGUGAGGUGAGUGGGGCUGAGAGACUUCAAGGAAGUGUGACUGGCCCAAGGUCACCCAGCAGCUGCAUGUGGAGGAGCGGAGACGCGAACCCGGUUCCCCAGAUUACAAGACUACCACUCUUAACCACUACACCACACUGGCUCUGGAAGCACGUGAAGAAGGGCCUCAGAAGAUGAUCUCGGGGUCUGGGAAGGUUCAUAAGGAGAGAGGUGGUCCUGGGCCGUUAAAGGCUUUAUAGGUCAAAGCCAGCACUUUGAAUUGGGCCCAGAAACUAUUUGGUAGCCAGUGCAGUCGGACCAGGAUUGGUGUAAAAUGCUUAAACCACCUUGCUCCAGUGAGCAACCUGGCCGCUGAAUUCUGCACUAGCUGAAGUUUCUGAACCAUCUUCAGAGGCAGUAAUCUAACCUUGAGGUUACCAGAGCAUAGACACUAGUAGUUAGGCUAUCCCUGCCCAGAUAGGGGCGUAGCUGGGCCACCAUCCGAAGCUGAUGGAAGGCACUUGAAUGUACAGGAGGAGAACCAUGUGCGCAGACUUGGGAACCUUUGGAGGAAAGGUGGCAUUAAAAUAAAAUAAUUGUGGUGCAUUCUUUGGAUUUGAUUUACGACACAGUAGUGAAAAGGAAAACCAAAGCCUAGUCUGUGGCCCCUGAUUCAUAACAUUUUCAGGCAUUAAUCCAACUACAGUACUUACCAGUCAGCAUAAUAAAAUAAUGCUCACACUAGGGAUCAAACCAGAUGUGACAGGGCCAUAGUGAUGUAUCUUCCCUAUUUGCUUAUUAUUAUUAAUGUAUGUUUAUCUUGGUCUUCCUCCUGAAGGAGCCUAGGGCAGCCACACAACAUCUCCGUUUUAAUUUUUUUUUUAAUUGUCUCUCUGUGUGUGUUUCAAUCUGCUUUCUUUAUCUGAAAAGCAGCAUUGGGUGCGAGAACAAACCUCCAUUGCCAUCUCUUAUUGCACUCUGCUGCUUUUAAAGCUCAUUUUCUCCAGCCCAUUUCCAGUACUGAGUUGAGGAGGCGAAAAAUGACUUAAAAGUUGAUUUCCCUCCCCUCCCUUGUGCCCUCCAUUUUAUGUAAAGAGUACACCCUCCCCCUUUUUGUAUAGGCGUGGAGCAGGCAUUGUAUAAAAAUCCACAUGGCUUGCCCUGUCACAUCCAGUUUGGCCUGGAGAUGAUGUUUUAGUGUGUUUGGAAGUAAUUGUGAGUUUCUAUAUUCUCUUUGCUAUUAGAUUCAGCUUCAUCCUCUCCAAAUGAUUUUUUUAAAUCCGGAUCUCUUGCUGGAAAAGGAGAGCACUAGUAGCUCACUUCGCAAGACUGCUUUCUGUGCAUUGCUUUCAUAAGUAGCAUGCUUGUAUAUAUAAAGAGAACCAGUUAGCUGCUCAGUUUAGGAUGUUGCCUGUUGCUAAGGGCCAUUUUACCUGACUAAUCUUAUCUGUGUUAAGAAUCUCUUCUUAGCCUGCAGCUCAGAGUUGUGGCAUGCUAAGAGAGGAUGUUACCAAAUCCUGUUCCCCUUAGAUGCCCGGCAAUUAGUCCUUUUUAUUUCAGUAUUCAGAUUGACUUGCUUGUCUAAUUUCCUGGACCUUUCAAUGUCAUGCAGCCAGCGCCUUUGAAUUUUGUGCUAAAAAUAUGCAUAUUUUAAGGAAUGCAUUAUGCAAGUCAAGCAGGUUUGCGCAAAUUAAGUUUGCACGCAGUCACUGCCAUGUUGUUUCCAGUAGGAGUAAAUACUAAUCAGUUAAUUAUUUAGAACUGGAAAAACUUAGUGAUAAUUGUCGUAUGUUUGAAGUUAUAUAUCACCAUUCUAACUUAACAGAGCUGUGCAGCUUGAAAGCUACAGAACUCUGUAGCUUGUGUAUUGUUAGAACAGAGCCUUAUUCCAUUUUCACAGAUUGUAAUAUCAUAGAAUUAUAGAGUUGGAAGGGUCACAGUGGUCAUCUAGUCCAGCCCCCUGCAAUGCAGGAAUCUUUUGUCCGUUGGUACUCAAACCCAUAGCCCUGAGAUUAAGAGUCCCAUGCUCUACUGACUGAAAGGAAGAGGAAACCACAGUAGUGGUGUGUUACCUACGGCUGAACAGUUUUAUGCCGCUUUAAAAAAUAAUACUCAAAACAGCUAAUACAAGUGGCACUAAAAAACAUGACAAAUGACUAAAAAUAACUUUAAAAGCUCCUUGCAACCAAAGCACAUCAGUUUAACAAACAACCUCAAACUACUUUUAUUAAAACACAGUGUUAGGUGCAAAUGGUUGGGUCCAUAACUCUCUCAUGAUGACAACUGGAUCAGGGCCUUAGUUGCUUUUUUGCAGGGAGGGGAGAAUUUCUGUGUGAUUCCAGUUUAUUCUGUACAAGUUUUAACAGGAUUAUCUCCAAACAGACAUCUGCUGGCCCAGUGGGAGUUCACCUCCCUCUCCCCGCCUUGCAACCCCCACAAGCCUCCAAACUCUGCGCUGGAGGUUGGGGUACCCACAGACAAAUACCGGGGGGCUGCAGUGGGAGGAGCGAAAGGAGAAAUCUGCUUUCAUAGCCUUGGAUUUCACUCUUUAGCUUAAGUCUCUUGAAACUCUGCUCCUUUGAGAAUUAAUAGGAAAAAAGCACAUUGUAGAAGUCAUGCCUCCUUCCGUGGUUAGAGAAUUAGCUCUAAAAUCAUGCUAUCUUUUCCGGUCUGAUUUAUCGGGAUGUUCUUUUAUUGACUUUGAUCUUCUGCAUUGUUUUUUUCCAAGCGAAAAAGCACAACAGUCCCCCCCCCCCAAAAAAAACUCGUCAGUUCUUGGCGGUGAGGAAUUCUGUAUCUCUGCUUGUUCCUCCAUAAAUAUUGAAAACGAGGGAGCGAGGUUACCACUCAGUGAGCCACGAGUCUUGUUCACCAGUUGGGAACAAAAUAGUUAUUAACCUACUCUUACCCCUGAGGGGAAUCAUCUCUGGUUCUUGGGAAUUUCUAUUACAUCCCGUAAUUCUCUUUCGUUUUAUCUCGACGGAGCCCAAGCUGAAAUGUGCCUGGGAUGUUUUCAGAAUGAAGGCCAUGCGUGCCAGUGUUGUUUUGAAAAUAUGCCUGGGCUUUCCGCCUGUCUGAAUUUGACAUGGCUCUCUGCAUCAGACAACCCCAUAAGGCUGUAAUGGGCAGAGUCAUUGUAAUCAGAUGUGGCAUCCCGUAUGUCUUAUUCUGUGAAAGUAGGUCAAGUUGGAAGCAGCCUUUCUCCGUGAUUCCCACAACCUGGUUCCACAGGGCCUGAGAGAGCUGUUUGCUGAUACCAUAGAAACCGCUGGGAGGCAUUAGGAGACGCUAAGCAAGGGCAGUCAAGAGUCUUUAGUACACAACCACUAGAAACCGAAGCUGGCAAAAAGCAUUUAAAUUUGAUGCAUUAUUUUUAGGCCCUGGAAGGGAUCCUCGGUGUAAUAAUCUGCUCUGACUAGUGGUGUGGCUUCACACGGCUGCAGGCGUUAAACGGGCUGCAGUUCCUCGAUAGAAUAGCAUCAGAUACUGAAAGUGAGCCCAAAGAAAUAGACAAAAGCUAAGGAUUAAAGUUAAGUAGACACAUGUGUUUUGAGCUUAAGGGGAGGGGGGAAGAAUAAGCAAGCCUUUUUUGAUUUUUUUUACAAACAGGAAUUAUUUACAGUCCUUAGAAACUAUUCUUUAAUAUGUGGCAUUCACAUAUUUCCCCCCUCUGUUACUGAACAUCAGCAAAGGACUGUUCAACUUGAUGAGAUAUGAAAAGAUGUCUCUGCUCAUUCUAAUUGAUUUCUCAAGUGGCAUCAAAAAAGGAUGAUACAGUUCAUUGCAAUUAUUUGUACCAGUGCACUGUUUGGUUCCCGCGGUUGCUUGCUUUGCGUGUUUGUAUGUCUUAUGGCCAGAACAAAUUGACUUGAUAAGCAGAGAAAUCGAAGCCCCCUUCUCCCAGCUCUCCUGGCUGAGCCGACCAAGACAGUGUUACUGCCAUUGCACACCAUCAUCUGGGGCAGUAUGUGGUACUAGCAGCAGUAAUGACAGAAACUAUCAUAAAACAAUAGAAUCUCAAGUCACAUAGCAAGAAUUGCUAGUUUUUCAAAUUAAAUAUGACAGGUACAUUGAAUAGCUUUUUAAACUCUUAAGAAGCCACCAGACACAACAACACAUGCCCUUCCUCUCCUGCUUUUGCAGCCCACCAUGCCUGUCCCCACUCCCCGAAAUCUGGAAAUUCAUUCUGCAAGGCAGCUGACCUCAUUGGAUGUUAUUCAAGAGCAUUUGCUGGCAGGAGAUGAAGUGACUGGUAUAUUAUGUUAGUGAGGCUCUUCCCUGCUUUCCCUUCCCCCACGUCAAAUAAAGCAGUAUUCUUAGGUAGACUGCAUCGCAUCUAACAGACAUCAGCUGAACUUUAAUUUUUCUUCCAAGGAGAACUCAUGGGAAGCGGGCUUAGAAAGCGAAAUUCUUAUAGCUGGAUACGAAAAUGAAUUAAAUUGUCAUUGCCAGAUUAUUUUAUUUAUUAAAUUUGUAUGCCACCCUUCAUCUGAAGAUCUCAGGAUGAUUCACAGCAUAAAAAUACAGGAUAAAAGCACAAAAUGCAUCCUAAAAGCAAAAUGAAGAAGAGAACAAACCAGUAAUCCCUCUCCCCUCCCAGACAAUUCAGGUGUGGACUCUGUUGAAUUGGUGGAGGGGAAAAAUUGGUGAUGCUGUGAUGUAUUUGGGGAAUAAAUCUAUCUCGGUAUGGUAUGACAGUCUUUGUAUUGCAGGGCCUUCUGAAAUACAAACUUCUGCUUACAGCCUUGCCAGUUUUAUUGAGGGCCAAGUACUUUAUCCUUUACACACCAGUAAUUGCUUUUUGAACAGACGAUUUCAUGCACCGUUCAAGCCACACUAUGCUGGCUUUCCAAGAAUAUCUUUCUUUUCAACGUGAUACCUUGGAGCACAGACUUGACAUCUUGUUAAACUGUCAGCACUUGAGAUUCUUAGAUCUAAAACGAGGCGUUUCUGCGGUGCCAUCCAUCUUAAUGGACCUGUAGCCCUUUUCAAAAUGUAAUAACAUGCUUGCACAAAAAUGGCCACCGACCGUUGCGUGGUUGAAGCAGAGCAAUUUUUGUAGCAAAGUGUCCAGACUAGAUACAGCAGAAAACUAUGUUUUAUCCCAUAUGUCUCAGGAAAUAUGAAUAAACCCCUAGUGUUUAGUUUCCUGCAUGGAAGGAAUCCUUUGUCAAAAGAAGAGUUUGGUCACGUGGCGCUCGACUUGCAUUGUGAAGAGGUGCAAUCUAGAUAUGUCUUUACUCCCUCAGUGAGAACUAGGCCUGGGUUUUGGGCUGCCAUGAACGACCGGAACUUUUGCAAUUCUACUCUUGGUAUAUUGUUGUGCUGCGGAGUUCAUAUGUCUGUGUGGCAGUUACUUUGUGUUCAUUGGUUUGCAUUCUGCCUCUGCGUUUCAAACCACUCAGCUACAUUAGGAGUACCGACCAUUGCCCUCAAGAAACAUUUUAUUGGCUAUAAUUAAAGCGCAAACAAUCAAAUACAGUGGUACCUCGCAAGACGAAUGCCUCGGAAGACGGAAAACUCACAAAACGAAAGGGUUUUUUGUUUUUUGAGUUGCUUCGCAAGACUAUUUUCCCUAUGGGCUUGCUUCGCAAGACGGAAACGUCUUGCAAGUUUGUUUCCUUUUUCUUAAAACCGUUAAUACAGUUGCGACUUGACUUCGAGGAGCAACUCAUAGCACGCGGUGUGGUAGCCUUUUUUUGAGGUUUUUGAAGACUUUGGUGAUUUUUGAAGCUUUUCCAAAACUUUUCCGACACCGUGCUUCGCAAGACGAAAAAAACCGCAAGACGAAAAAACUCGCGGAACGAAUUAAUUUCGUCUUGCGAGGCACCACUGUAACAAUAGACGUGACCCACCUUUCCCUACCCAGCACAAUUUUUUCUUGGGGGGGGGAGGGAGUUCUAGGGAAGCAGAACAGGUAGCUGCAUAUACCAGGGGUCUGCAAGGCUUACCGGGCAUGGGCUUGAUCACUCCCGUGGAUCACUCCCGUGGAGAUCCUCCAUGGGCCGGCGCAGUGCGACGCCGGGAAUUAUGUCUGUGGCGCCGAAAAUCGCUUCUGCACAUGCCCAGAUGCUGAAAAUCGCGCCUGCACAGAAGUGAUUUCCGGUGUCUGAGCAUGCGCAGAAGCGAUUGCGGAACCGCAGAAGAGAGGUACAACGCUGCGUUGCGCCGGUUUAGUGCAGUGCACGGGGACUCACUGAGCGGGCGGCUCGGUUCAAGGGUGGCUCAUGGGCCGGUUAAGCGACCCUCAUGGGCCACUUCCGGCCCAUGGGCCUUAGGUUGCCGACCUCUGGCAUAUACCAAGAGAAGAGAAGACUGAGUAUAGAAGAGAAACGGAAAAUGCUUUUUAGUUCUUGUUGAGUAUCUGAAAUGUUCUUAUAGACUAGAAAUGGGGAACCUGCCGCCUCCAGGUGUCUCUGAACUAUAACUCGCACAAUUGCUGACCAUUGGCCAUGCCGGCUGACUGGAGUCCAGCAACAUCUGAAGGGCCACAGGUUUCUUACUCCCAUUUUGGACUGGGAGUAUUGAGUCCAUUAUAACAAAGCAGAAAAGGCUGUCAAACUUUGCUAUCAUCCAUAGAUAUUCUGAAGUGAAACAGUGUGAGAAGAGGGUGUCUGCGAAAUACAGCCAUCUACUACAGAAUUGGGUAUUUUGAAAUUCUAAUUUAAGAACAGUGUAUUAUGGGCAUCUGACUUCAAUGAGUACAAUUGGGGAGCUACAUGGUGUGAGAUUUUCUCUUGCUUUCUGAUGAAUGUUCUUCUGUCUGCUAUUGGGUAACCCACUUUUCAGCUGUUGGAUGUGUUGGGAAGUUGGAAACAAUACUCCAUUGCUUACAUCAUACCAGGAACUGAAAAUACAGGAAUACCUGGAAAGUUAAUGCAUUUCCCCCCCUGUUAAUCUUCUAUUCUUUUUAAAAAGAAAUAUUCUUUGUCUUUUCUCAUUGUCUCAACAGGUACCUUAGCAUGGGGAACCUUCUUAAAGUUUUGACGUGCACAGACCUUGAGCAGGGACCAAAUUUUUUCCUUGACUUUGAAAGUGAGAACAUUUAAAAAAACAUGUAUCUUUUAUCUUGUGCCCUAACUAUAGUCCAAAGAGAGUCUACCAGUUGGACUCACAUUUGCAUGUACUUUUAUUUGUGUGCAUGUUGCUGCCUCUUUGUAAACACAGCAUCAAGUAGCAUGUGAAUGAAGGGGGUCUAAGUAGUUGUUUAUAUAAUUUACAAUGUUUAAUAUCAAUUUAUAUUUACUGCUGUGAAAAUCAGAUGUGCUUCUGGGCCUCCUUUGAUGAAGCCAUAAAAGAAUCUGCCUGUUGCCUUAUGCCUUUUGCAUCUUAACACCCAGUUCAGAAGAUGAGAAGAUAUCUCAUCUUAAAAAGCCAAGGGAUUCACAAGCCUUUUGUCUCAGCUGUAGCUCCUUCAUGGCACACCUGGGGGAGCCAGAAAGUCUAUAAUUAACCACAGUUUCCCCUUUCAUCUGAGUGGGGAAACUAUGGCUAGCAGCUUCAGAACAAGCCAAGGUCUUAAACCACAGCUUAAACUUUAAGACCCUGACUUGCCCCCAAGCUACUUCUGAGUUCAGAUGAAAUUGGAAACUGUGAUGAUUUAUAAGGGGGCGUUUGAAGGGUCUGUGUGUUCAGGCAAAAGGCCUGUGAAUAUCAUUGGAAAUUAAACAAAGCAGCAAACGUUUGAUUGCAGUCUGUGAGUUUCUAGCUCACACUCAGUUGCAUGUAGCUUCAACAUUGCUUAUUUUAAAUGGUCAUUAAGAUCUGUUUAGAAUUGCCUUUCCUUAAAGGAGGUAUCCUAAUGCCACAUGUAUUCAAUGAUGGAACUGUUUUAAAAUGGUAUCCGACUUAAGUCAGGACUCUGAGCUAGAUCUACUGAAGCUAACUUAAUUUGAUUUCAUAUGCAUUUUAUUUCAUGAUUGCAUGAGCUAUCUUGUUAGGGCUAUGCCUUAAGAAAUGGCCUUUUUAUAAGGAUGCAAUAACAGCAACAACAGCUUUUCCCACCGAAAACGUCUCCCUUGUAGUAGCAAGUAUAAUUUUGCUGUUAAAUAGAGAAAUUUUCUAGAAUGGCAGGUGAAUUCCAGAUCUUAAAUAAGAGUUGGUAUUCAACUAGAUUUUACUCAAGAGUAGACUCACUGAAAUUAAAAUUAGCUUAACCCAAAGGUCUUGUAAAACUUAGCUGAAUACCACCCAAGGAAUUUUUAAUAGAACAGAUGCUGUACCAACAUGGAUUUGAACAGUAUUAGUAUCUAAUUUUGUAUUCUACUUCUAAAUGUGUGCAGCUUUUAUUCAGCUAGGCACCUUCUGUUUUUUAUCUGGAGCAAUGAUUAAUAGCCCAGUGCCCAGGACUCAAGCCCUGUACACAAAUGCCACACAGUCCACAUACCUGUUGGUAUUAUUUCGUAGGAGCAAAUGAGCCUGCCUUCUGCUGAGCUAGGCCUUUGGUCAAUCUAGCCGAGUAUUCUGUACCCUGACUGACAGCUGCUCUCUAGCAUCUAAGGGUCUUCUCCAUCAUCUGAUGCCUGGGAUCCUUUUAAUGGAAGAUGCCAGAGAUUAAACAUCAGGCCUUCUGUGCGCAAAGCAUUUGCUCUGAUCUGUGGCGCUUCCCUUCUUGUGUAUUGCAUGACAAGGUUGAUUAAAAUUGUAGGUGCCUAUUUAUUGAUUUUGGAUAUUAAAAAAGAUUACUUAGCUUACUGAUUCUGUGCUUCAUGUUUUCACACAAAAUCAGUAUACAGCUGAUAAGGAGGUUCCUCACUUGCCCACAGCUCUGGUAUUAAUAUCCACAUUCUGUGAGCUCUUGCUUCAUUUGCGCCUCUUCCCAAAGCUAGUAAGCCUAUGCUAAAGUUGCCAUAUUUCAAAAACUGAAAAUCCGGACACAAAAGUUUUAGGAAAUCAACACUUCUGACAUGGGUUGCCAUACACUCAGGUUUUCCCGGACAUUUCCCCAAUUUUCGAAAAUUCUGCCUGGACUCUUAUUUUCGGUGGGCGAAUCCCGGAUAUGUCAGCCCUAACCUAUGUGCUUCUCUAACCUAGAAGGCUUUUACCAUGUGGAUUGUGAAAGGCUGAACUGACCAAAGCUGUUUUGACAAACAAGGCUUCUAGACAUUCCAGUUGCAUUUAAACAUAAUGCGCAGAUUGCAAGUAUAUUUUGAUAGGAAAAAGAAACCCAAACCAUGUAUACAUAUUUAAACACUAUUUUCAGGAGUACAGUGGUGCCCCGCAAGACGAAUGCCUCGCAAGACGGAAAAACCGCUAGACGAAAGGGUUUUCCGUUUUGAAGUUGCUUCGCAGGACGAAUUCCCCUAUGGGCUUGCUUCGCAAGACGAAAAUACCUUGCGAGUCUUGAGGUUUUUUUCGCUUUCCCCCCCCUUUAUCUAAUCUGCUCAGCAUUAAAUAGCCUUUAAUAGCCUUUUAGCAGCUAAUCCCCAUCGCCUUUAAGCCUUUAAUAGCCGCUAAACCGCUAAUAGCGCUAAUAGCGCUAAUCCGUCAAUGGGCUUGCUUCGCAAGACGAAAAAACUGCUAGACGAAGACUCUCGUGGAACGGAUUAAUUUCGUCUUGCGAGGCACCACUGUAUAUUAAAAUACAUUCAAGAUGUUUAUAUUUGAAAAUUGCGUAACUACAAAUAUGACUUAAUAUGCUGUCCUGUUGUUUAGAUGCUCAACCUACAGAAUCAGAAAAAGAAAUUUAUAAUCAGGUAAAUGUAGUGUUAAAGGAUGCAGAAGGAAUCCUGGAAGACUUGCAGUCAUACAGAGGAGCCGGUCAUGAAAUACGAGAGGUAAAAAGCAUAAUUGGAUGGAGUAUUUUGUAAUCAAUUUAGUGAUGCUACGUAUCAUACUUUGCAUUAGUGAUUAUGACUUUAAUAAAGGUAAAGGGACCCCUGACCAUUAGGUCCAGUCAUAACCGACUCUGGGGUUGUGGCGCUCAUCUUGCUUUAUUGGCCGAGGGAGCCGGCAUACAGCUUCCGGGUCACGUGGACAGCAUGACUAAGCCGCUUCUGGCGAACCAGAGCACCGCACAGAAAUGGCGUUUACCUUCCCGCCGUAGCGGUACCUAUUUAUCUACUUGCACUUGAACUCCUAGGAGGGCAGGAGCAGGGACCGAGCAACGGGAGCUCACCCCGUCGCGGGGAUUCGAACCACCGACCUUCUGAUCGGCAAGUCCUAGGCUCUGUGGUUUAACCCACAGCGCCACCGUCCCAUAUGACCUUAAUACAGAUCAGUUAAAGGUUCAGUUUCUGCCAGAGUCUCUAUAACUUUUAAUAGCAUGCUCUAUGUGCAAGUAAUUUUUACUAUCUUGUUUUAACUGCCCUCUCGGCAGCCCUGAAACAGGUCAUUUUGGACCCUUUCCGGAUAAUCAGAUUUAUAUUGCAAACAUGCAGCGUGAAUGUUUCUCACUUGUUGCACCAACACCCACAUUUUCUUUCCUUGGCGCCACAGUUCUAUUUCAGGGUAUCUCAUUUCCCCGACCUUUUAACCACCUGUAAUAUUUAGUUGCUGGGGGAAUCCGUCACCCAGAUAGUGCCUGACAUUCUUCUGAUAUUGUUGCAUGACAUGUAGUCGUGCAGGUAGCUUGGGCUGCACCAUUGCUCAGCAGUGGAACAUGAUGACUGCAAACAGAAGGCUCCAGAUUCAGCCCUUGGCAUCUCAUGUUAAAAGGAUAUCAGGCACCAUGUCUGGGAGAGACCUCUGCCCUGAGACCUUGGGGAGCAGCUGCCAGUUGGUGGAAGAAUGUUCUGACAAUAGUACAAGUCUCAUUAAUCAGCAGUGCAAUUUCCCUUCUUCCCCCCCGCUUUUGCCUUUGCAAUGAGGUGAUCCUUGUUCUCCACACUGCAGGCUAUUGACAUGAGAGUGAGACUUGUGUACCGUGAGAGCUUCAUCUAGGCUUUUUUUUUCUCUCCGAGCUCCUCUAGGGAUUGUGCAUGGUCACACAGAACAAUGUCUCUGUUUUGUGGUCUUAUGGCUUGGUUGUCCCAUGCUUUUAUAUGAUUUAAAUGUAGAGAAAACUAUACUGUAAAGCAAACAUUAUUAUAAAGCAAACAUCCUUGCUUGUGUUUAAUUGUUCCAGGCAAUACAGCAUCCCACUAAUGAGAGGCUCCAGGAGAAGGCAUGGGGUGCGGUUGUCCCUCUAGUGGGCAAACUAAAGAAAUUCUAUGAAUUUUCUCAAAGACUUGGUAAGUGUCAGUAGUAACUGAUUGAUUGAUUUGCUCUAUAAUAUUGUAUGAUCUACCACGUAAUUAAGGCCAGGAUCCCACGGUGUUAACUAUUUUAGCAUGGUCAAAUUUGUUGAUAUUAGUGCUAAUGGACUUGUAUUGCUAAUUUACUACCUACACAGAAAUGUUGACAUUUACUGCUAAUUUGGUGGCUUUGUUUUUUGUUGUUUGUAAUUUCUAGUCUAAUGUAUCUUGGCACCGAUAUAAACUGCUUUUGAGGAAGGAUGAAGGACUCUCCUUUUUUUAGGGCAGUCCACUGGCACCUAGGAUUUUAUAACACCUCGAUUGUGGCCUGCUUUUGUAAUAAUCCAGAACGACAGGACGUUCAACACAUUCACACUGUUUUACGUAACUGUCCCCCUUGUUCUUGCGUGCAGAAGCUGCAUUGCGAGGUCUUCUUGGGGCUCUGACAAGCACUCCAUAUUCUCCCACGCAGCACCUGGAGCGAGAGCAGGCUCUUGCCAAACAGUUUGCAGAAAUCCUUCAUUUCACACUUCGUUUUGAUGAGCUGAAGGUAAGUUCAGAAUUAUCCCCGCAUAGCACUUGUCCAAACUGGACGGUCACAAAGCAGCUGUGAUCCGUGUUACAGCGUUGCACAGUGCUUGUUUGUCCAUUGAUCCGAUGUUGCUGUAAACAAAUAUGGAAAUCCCUUUCCAUUUUUGCUCCUGGAUGGCAGCCAAGGACUGUGAACCCUGGUCUUACUGAUUGUUCAAGCUCGUCACAUCACUAAGGACAUAAGAAGAACACUACUGGACCAGAACAGAGGAGCAUCUUAGUCCAAUUACCCAUUCCUCAUACUGGCACAAAAUGCUGGAGGUUCUCCAUGCAAGGACAGUACGGCCUUGCCUAUAAGCAUCCAGGCAGAGCUAUCUGUCCUGCUAACAGCGGCAACUAAUGCUUGCCCCAUUCGGCUGCUACCUAUUCCAUAUUACUGUAUUAGGCAACAUACAUGAAAUCACAUGUGUUCCGUAGUAUUCUGGAUAUUUAAUAGCCUAGUUAUGCAGGAUUCUGCCUUGACAAAAUAAUAUUUAGGAUCCUGCCCUAGACCACCGCUUCAGUGCAGGACCUCAAGAUGCUGGCCUCAUUUCCCAGGUCUUCACAGAACUGAAAUCCCUGGCCCCAUCAGAACGAGUUAGGGUAUAAUGUGCACUUGUCACCAAUACAUCCUCUCCCCUGCCCCCCUUUCUAGAUGACGAAUCCCGCAAUUCAGAAUGACUUCAGCUACUACAGAAGAACCUUGAGUCGUAUGAGGAUCAAUAAUGUUCCAGUAAGUACCCUUCUGUAGAAGUGAAGAAGGUAUUUCUUUGUGACCCUUGUACCACUUACUCUGUUUAUUCAAAACCAGUGAAGAUUGUGAUUUUUUUAAAUUUUAUACUUUGGUAGGCAGAAGGAGAAAAUGAAGUAAAUAACGAAUUGGCCAACAGAAUGUCUUUAUUUUAUGCCGAAGCAACGCCAAUGUUGAAAACCUUAAGCGAUGCCACGACAAAAUUCGUUUCAGAGGUAUGUGCAUGAAUAGACCUCCUUGUUAGGAGAACUGUGGAAAAUACAAGUUUGUUGCGUAAAACUAGCUUGCGCUGCUGACAAGACUCCGUGUUACAGACUCUUGGGUGCAUCUCAAUGUUGAAUUUCACGUGCCAGCAGUGUGAUUUGAAGGUGUUAAGGGCUGUAGAAUUGAUUUAGUUACAGGAGAGAGGCUUUGGAAUUUUAUUCAGUAAAUCUUGUGACUCAUCAUAGAUGGUAGCAUCUCAAUGCAACUCAGUAAUGCGGAGCUAAAGUCUGCUCCCUCCCUACCCCAAAACAGCUUGUCUGCCUUUUGCACUUGGCUCCUAAAACUUGUCACUGAAGCUUCUUCACCAAGGGGAAGAAUAUUACUCUCAACAUGAUCAGUGUUUCUCCAGCUUGGGUCCCCAGCUGUUGUUGGACUACAACUCCCAUCAUCCCUACCUAGCAGGACCAGCGGCCAGGGAUGAUGGGAGUUGUAGUCCAGCAAGUUUGAGAAACACUGGUCUAUGCCAGUAGGUAGCAGUUCUCCAGGAUUCUGAACAGGAGACAUUCUCAGUCCUACUUGGAAAAAUGGGUUGCUUGCUUGUAUUACAGUAACUAUGUAUUUCCUAUGCCAAUUACAGAACAAAAAUUUGCCUAUAGAGAACACCACAGACUGCUUAAGCACCAUGGCCAGCGUUUGCCGAGUUAUGCUGGAAACCCCGUAAGUACCGAGGCUACUUCAGACAUAACUUUUGAUCAAAACACCAUUUUAUUUAUUUGACAAACGUGGGCAUCUCCCUAAGCAAAGCCUGUUUGUUUUUUUACUGAGAAGUUUCAAACACUUAGAAGGAACCAUACUCUGAUCACGAUAAGCCAUAGAUAGUAAGUCACAAAUUCAGAGUUAAUUUGGCAAAGGUAUAAACAAUUUGAGGAAAACCAGAACCUAGAAUUAAGGAAGAAUAAGAUAAGAACCUGGUAGUUCCUUUCUGUUAUGUACCCAAGUGCAGGACUGCAAUCGUAUUGAACUAGUAAGAAACUUUUGUAAUAUGGCAGAUAGAGGAGGGAAGGGGGUGGAGCGUCUCAGUCACUGAAGACGGUGCAUCGUGCAAAGCAAGGACUGGGGCCAAGCCUGGUUUCCUGAAUUGGACCAUGCCAUUUUCCUGACUGAACACAUCUGACCCAGAUGUUAUGGUCCGGUUAGGGUCAGGGAAGGAGCCUGUGCCCCACAGGGUGGGCUGUGCAGAGGCCAUUCCUUCCGUAACAGUCUCCCAAGUGCAUUUUACUUUCUUCCACAGAAGUGGCUGCUAUUGAUAGUGCUCCUUGGAGAUGACAGAUAGGCUGCUCUCUCUGAGAGGUCUCGACACUUCCAGUUUUGUAGCGCCUUUUUCAGAUUAAGCUGGGCAUGUGCCAGAUUGCUAGUUCUUGCGGGAACAGUUCUUUUUAAUAUUUCAACACCGGAAUGUAUCGGAAGGCAUCUGUACGCUUUGGGAAAUGGUUUGAUCUCAUGCAUAAAUCAGGAAGAUAUAAGAACCUGGAGCGUACUUUGCCUGCAUCUUGAGCCUCUUUUCCAGGGUUGACCCCCAGUGCUUGAUCACCCUAACCUGCCACAAAUGGUUAUUGUGCAGCCAGGUAUCGCAGGUGGUUUUAGCAAGCCUUGUUGUGCUGUUAGGGAAAGGUAGGAACGAAACCCCAGCAUCAGGCUUUAGGAUUUGCAGUUGGGAAGGAAGAAACUUUACCCUGAGAAGGCUGUUACUUUUGGGGAUGGCAUUCCGCUGAGACACUUGCUCUAGUUAUCACUCGCUUGGACUACUGCAAUGCGCUCUAUGUGGGGCUAUCUUUGAAGGUGACCCGGAAACUACAACUAAUCCAGAAUGCGGCAGCUAGACUGGUGGCUGGGAGCGGUCGCCGAGACCAUAUAACACUGGUCUUGAAAGACCUACACUGGCUCCCAGUACGUUUCUGAGCACAAUUCAAAGUGUUGGUGUUGACCUUUAAAGCCCUAAACAGCCUCGGCCCAGUAUGCCUGAAGGAGCGUCUCCACCCCCAUUGUUCUGCCCGGACACUGAGGUCCAGUGCCGAGGGCCUUCUGGCGGUUCCCUCGCUGCGAGAAGCAAAGCUACAGGGAACCAGGCAGAGGGCCUUCUUGGUAGUGGCACCCGCCCUGUGGAAUGCACUCCCACCAGAUGUCAAAGUGAAAAAUAACUACCAAACUUUUAGAAAACAUCUGAAGGCAGCCCUGUUUAGGGAAGCUUUUAAUGUUUAAUAGGUUAUUGUAUUUUAGUGUUUUGCUGGAAAUCACCCAGAGUGGCUGGGGAAACCCAAACCCAGCCAGAUGAGCGGUGUAUAAAUAAAUAAAUAAUAAUAAUAAUAAUAAUAAUAAUAAUAAUAAUAAUAAUAAUAAUUAUUUAGAAUUCAGCUUUGGAUAAUCAAGUGUUUACUGCCGUGUCUUGUUAAAAUCCCAGGGAAUACAGAAGCAGGUUCACCAACGAGCAAACGGUAUCGUUCUGUCUGAGGGUGAUGGUGGGCGUCAUCAUUCUCUAUGACCACGUGCAUCCAGUAGGCGCGUUUGCUAAAACGUCAAAAAUUGAUGUAAGUUCUGGGGCUGAGUGAAUUACGCUUCCUUGUGGUGGGCCAGCUGGGUGGGGUGGAGGCAAGAAGGAAACACAGAAGAUAGUCAUUUUUAAAAUAUGUAUUUUUUAGCACAUCUGCAUGUCAAUAAAAAUGAUGCGGAUGAUUCAGUGCAAGUUCCCAUAUUAUGCCAGCUAGGCUGCACUUGUGUGAAAAUGCUAUUUAUAUGAAUCAUGGGCAGUGUAUCUGUGGCUGCCUUGGCUUGCUUCGAGGGCUGUUGUUUUUAAAGUCAUUGCCGUCCCCCUGAUUGAGCUAAUCGUAUUGACAUGAGGGGCUGGAUCCUUUCUGAAAAGUGAAAUUGCAGGUUGUGUCAUGGUUACGUCCAACGCCGGUUUGUUGUGAAUUAACAUGUGUGUCCUGUCCCCCCCAACCCUUUUGUAUUGAUUUCCAGAUGAAAGGAUGCAUCAAAGUUCUCAAAGACCAGCCUCCAAACAGUGUAGAAGGCCUUCUAAAUGCUCUCAGGUAUUUAGCUUUUGAACGUGGAAUCACUGUAAGUGCCAACUCUUCUUUCUUGGAAAACAGUGGUUAGCACUGGUAAAUGAGGACCACUGGUACAGUGUGAAGGCAGGCACAGCAUUUUAGAAUUUUUCAAAUGCCUACGUACACGGGGAUUCAGCAGGAACACCCAGCCCAAAGCUUCCCUCCACUGCACUGCCCCAAGAUUGCCCUCUUGUCCCCAAAAUAGUCUUUUUUUAAGGAUCAGACUGCCAGAGAUGUACAAAGCCAUAGAAUCAUAGAGUCCAACCCCCUGCAAUGCAGACAUAUGUGCAUGGUUUUUACACACUUUUAUUUUUCCUUUUUAGGUACACAACAAAACAUUUGAAUGAUGAGACUACCUCGAAGCAAAUUAAAUCUAUGUUGCAAUAA